GGAGGGAAAGAGGUGGCUGGUAGGUCAUAAUGAGUUAGUAAUAAUGUAAUAUGGGAAGUUUGACCCAGUAAUAUGCGUCUGAAAGAAAAAUAAAAUGAUUGAAUUUGUGAUGGAACACUUGUAGUAACAUGAACAUUGAUGUUUGGCCGAAGUGGAUGUGUAUACCAAAGUAAGUUGUGCUGAUGUUUGUCGUAAGGAACACAAUCCAUGAUAAGGAUAUGAAUCGCAGUGUUUUGUGUUUCAGUGAUCUAAUGAGAAUUAGGGAGAAAGUAGUUGAGAUGGGUAAAGGUGUGGGAGUAAAUAAGGAAUUCAAGUUUCAGUAAUUUAAAAUGUUUUGUGUGUGUAUGUAUGUAUGUGUGUGUGUGUAUAUAUAUAUAUAUAUAUAUAUUUAUUACCAAAAAUAAUGUAUAAGGUGCACUCACAGGUCUUUAACAAGUGAUUAAUUUAUUCCAACGUGCAAGUUACAUAUGCCAAAAAUAUAGUGAUCGACGUUUCGACCCACAAAGGGCCUUUUUCAAGAUCAAUAAUGUUAUAUAUAUAUAUAUAUAUAUAUAACAUUGUGAUGUGAAAAGACUUUCCCUUUGUCUUCAUCCAACAUCUGCACCGCAUUAAAUAAGUAUCACUGUUAGAUACUAUUGAAUGCACAUUAUUGCAACAAAUAUAUAUAUAUAUAACUAUAUAUAUAUACACACACGCUUCUUCCUUUACAUAUAUAUAUAUAUAUAUAUAUAUAUAUAUAUAUAUAUAUAUAUAUAUAUAUAUAUAUAUACACAUACAUACAUACACACACAAAACAUUUUAAAUUACUGAAACUUGAAUUCCUUAUUUACUCCCACACCUUUACCCAUCUCAACUACUUUCUCCCUAAUUCUCAUUAGAUCACUGAAACACAAAACACUGCGAUUCAUAUCCUUAUCAUGGAUUGUGUUCCUUACGACAAACAUCAGCACAACUUACUUUGGUAUACACAUCCACUUCGGCCAAACAUCAAUGUUCAUGUUACUACAAGUGUUCCAUCACAAAUUCAAUCAUUUUAUUUUUCUUUCAGACGCAUAUUACUGGGUCAAACUUCCCAUAUAUAUAACAUUAUUGAUCUUGAAAAAGGCCCUUUGUGGGUCGAAACGUCGAUCACUAUAUUUUUGGCAUAUGUAACUUGCACGUUGGAAUAAAUUAAUCACUUGUUAAAGACCUGUGAGUGCACCUUAUACAUUAUUUUUGGUAAUAAAUAUAUAUAUAUAUAUAUAUAUACACACACAUAUAUACAUACAUAUAUAUAUAUAUAUAUAUAUAUAUUUUUUUUAUAUAUAUAAAGAAAUGACAGCAAUGGAGGUUAUGUGUUUGUCCAUAGUGGAGGAACAAUCUGUUUUGUGAGCGCCUUUGCAUCAAUUUACAUGCACAAGCUUGUUUUAGAAUUUACGCCACUAAACUCUGGUUUAACAGUUCAAUAGAUCCUGUGAAAUAUCCAGGAUCUGUUUCAUUCCUUUUUCUUAAACAGCAAAAUACAAUACAAAUAUUAUUAUUAUUAUUGCCAUUUAUAUAGCGCCUACAGAUUCCGUAGCGCUUUACAAUAUUAUUUGAGGGGGAUUUAACUAUAAAUAGGACAAUUACAAGAAAACUUACAGGAGCGAUAGGUUGAAGAGGGCCCUGCUCAAACGAGCUUACAGUCUCUCACUAACACAGCAUUCUCAAUUAAGCAGAAGGGCCAGGAUUGGCAGCACUCUGCCAUCCAUUGGUCUCAUAACCUGGGGGCCAGUUGAGCACACAAAGGACAUUCAGAUAUAAAAAUCUUCUGUCUGGUCUUUGUUCUGUGUAUUAAAGGGGCUCUUAUCCACCUUUGAACAUCACUUUUAUCUGCUGAAAUCAUAAGUUGUGCAACAAUCGCAUUUACAUAUUUGCAGUCAUAAAAGAUUGGUUCUCAGUAAAGUUUUGAUAAAUUGUAUCCCAAGGCAAUUUACUGCACAAUGGUUUAAUGAUAGGACCACAGCAUUCUGGUUGGGUCACAUGGAUUACAUGAUUUCUGACUGUGAGAAUCUUUGACUCUGAAUCGGCUCAUGUGUGUUUAAUGACUACUGUUUAAUUUGUCUUUUGCAAUUUCUCAUGGAAAUUGUCAAAUUGGUGGUUACAGUUUUGUCUGAAAUAAUCUUUUGUCAUGUGACUGAAAAAUAGGUAACAGUCCUAUCUGUGAUUUUACAGAGCCAAGUACAGAGAAUACCCCUUUAAUUUACUUGACACUUUACAUAUAAAGUAACCACUGUACAAUUGUUAACUCCUUUUCUGGCAACUAGCGCGGAUAAUGACAUUGUUCGGGCAAGUUUUUAUCCCACUUUAUUCUUCUCCUGGACUAAACUUUGUACCAAACACAUCACCACUUAAGUGUGUUUAGCAAAUGGUGAUGGCUGGGAUCAAAUCCGUAUAAUUACCAGGAAGGAGAUAAUUUAGGUUUCUGUAGUUUUGAACCAUGUUUAGGACAUUGUAUUGUUAACUGGCUCACAGGACCAGAAAGGGAAUAUUAUGACUUGACUUGAACUGACAUUAAAGGUACUGCAGCUAGUGCACUAACCAGCUGAGCUAUCUUACUGGAUGCCUGGAGCCCUUUCUGUCUUCCUGGAGGAGUGCUGAAGGCAUGGGGACGAGGCGCACAGGAUGUAUGAGUUAAUCGGUUAACCAGCCGCCUGCUUUCUGCACAUGGUUCCAGCAUAACAAGUGCUUAUUUCAGGGUUUUGUGGUCUAAAAUAAGAAGCACAUUUUGAUCUCUGGUUUCCAUAUAUUUGGAGACUGGAAUCAAAGUGUAAUGGUUUACGUGUGAGCCAGCUUCUGCCUUCAGUGACAUUUCCCCAUGAGAAGCUGUUUUGUCCUUAUGUGUCCAUAUUUAGACACAGGUCAGUCAGGACAAGGCAAGCCCCGGGGAAAAGAAAACGCAAUGUGUAUAGCAAUACAAUUCUGCAUGUUUGCUAACAGUUAAAUAUGUUUUACAGUUCUUUGUCCAAAUUUGAGGAAAUGUGAUCCAAGGCUACCGGAUUGCUCUGUAUGGGUGCAGUAUUGUUGGGCUGCUAUUCCAGGUUUAUGCUUCAGUGGUUUAACUGGCAUUCCUCAAGAGAUAUCUACCAAGAAAAAGCAGCCUUUUUGACUGACAUCAAUUUACUGAUGGAUCAGGAGUUGGAAAAUGCCUCUUAGUUUUGAGGAGUUCAAAACCUCCUGCCCUUCCCCCCAUGCUGUUGGUGCUAUUAUUCCCAUAGUGCUUUGCCAGUCUGGCUGUCCAGGAGUUUUGGGAGCGGUGGUUGAGCUGUAGCGGAGGAGGCUUAGUUGGACAUUCCUACUUUUUUAUACUGAGCAUUCUGUGUGGCCCAAUAUUUGUGUCAAUUCUCUUUGCUAGAUACUUGCUUUAAGACAUUUCUUUGUCAUCUGCUGUCACAUGGUGUCAUCUUUUUGUGGAGUUGUGUGUCUUUGUUUUUAUUUCGAUUUUGUUUUCCAAAUCUUUAGUUAAGAGUAAUAAUGGUUUGCCUUUUGCACAGAAGCCAUACUUAGCGACUAGAUUAGCAAAUCUUGAUUUCCAUGAUUCAUUUCUGUAGUACAUUUGGCCCUCUUUUGAUGGAUCAUGUGCAGACUGUGUGUGCGCCUCUGGACUGUUUGUAAAUAUGCAACUAGUUCACUCUAAUGCCAUGCGGAUUCAUGCAAAGCGAACAAGCCCUUGCAUAUGGAGUGUUUCUCUCAGAAACUGAAGUACUCUGGGAAUUAAAAUAGUUAUCUGGUAAAAAACUUUUGUUUAGUCCUUUGUUUCCUGCGUUGUUCUUUUCGUCUUUGACUCCUAUGGUUUUAUUGCUAUACAGGAUCCAAUUUGUGCUUGAUUUAUAUACAUUUUUGUUGUAUCCUUUUCUGUAUGUGCUGAUGUCUGUGGAUGCAAAAGGUCAUGACAUAGUGGUAAAGACCCCUAAGAUAAAGAUUGAAUGCAGUAAUCUGUGUUUUUGGGUAGCACAAUGCAUAUUUUAGAUUUCAAUCCUUUUAAAGUGACACCACCUUAUUUUUACAAAAUGGAUACUCUUUCAAUCUUCCCUGCUGGAUACCUCUUUAAUAAGCAUCCAUUUUAAAGAUCUUGUCAGAUAGUAGUACCUCUACUUCCCCUAAUGUUUUUGGCAUACAUGGAUUUCUGAGAAAGCUUUUAGCCGUGCACCAUUGGUUGCAUUCUGGCUAUGAAUGGGUAAACCCGAUCACAGCAAAGGCUUUUAUAUUGAAUGUAAAGAAUAAUUUGUGAUUGACCUUAUCUGAAAUAGAUGGAUUACCAGAGUUUGGGGAUUGUGCUCUUGGGAAUGUUAGGGAGAAAAUGUUAUGCGGAGUUUAAUUAAAUACCCACAGGUUAUGAAUAUGUAUGAUCUUGGGGGGGUACAGAAUCCUCAAACGGAUCGGAAAUCAAGUGAGUAGGGACAGUGCUUUAAUCAAACACAUUAACGUCUGUUACUGGUAUAAGUGCUGUCUGGUGACAGGCCUGGCCCUUUCUAUGAUGCCAAUGUAGUCCCUUUCUGCUUUGCUAUUCAGAAAAGCAAUUAUUUACUCAAAAUGAAACCUGCAGUGAAUCGCAAUUACAGGAAAAGUAUCACUAAACAGGAUUGCCCUGUUUUAUGUUGUUUUUUUUAGCUCAAACCACGCGAGCUGGGAAAUGUGGUAUUAAAAAGGAUGGAGUGUCUGAUGUGAUAUGGACUGUCUAAACUGAGCUCCCAUUUUCAGUUUCCCCAGGUAGUCUUAGUGGUUUUGUUACACCUCGCACAAUACUGCUCUUAACAAUUUAAAACACUUCUACUUGUCUCCCCAUUUUGCAUUGAACUUGAAUUAAAUCAUUCUAAUGUGUGUCAUUUAUUUAAUUUACUUAGUGACAUGCAUUAUCCCUGUCAUUGUACUGCAUUAAAAAUAUGCCAAAAAAAGAGAGAUAAAAGCUUGAGUUUUUAACAUUCCUUUCUCGACUUUUCUUGCACAGUAAGUGUUGGUAGCAUUUCACUAGCAAGAGGUUCCAUCAAUCUGAAACCUCUCAUUCUUUGGGUCUGCUGUUAUCCCAUAAACAUAUGUAAAACAAUGACAGAAGCCUAUGCUGAAAAUAUUAUUUAAUGUAUCAGCACCAGGGAGCAGGAUUUAAACUGUUUUAAUGUUUGUGUUUUAUAUAUAUAUAUAUAUGCCAGUAUGAAGGGUAGUAGUCUCUUCACAAUUGCAUGACAUCAAGGGUCAUACUGAGAUUUUAAUUGUUUGAGCUUGUACUCCUCUGAAGUUACUGGGGCCUUUUUAGCUAUCCUAUUUUGUAUUUUUAUACAGGAUACAUCAUGCAGUGAUUUUAACGCAUACAUGCUGUACAAUGGGUGUACCUGAAAAUGUGAAAUAGCCCUAUACUUGGUAGAGAGAGUAUAUGGCCAAUUUUUAAAAGCAUUUUUUAUUUUAUUUUUAUUUUUAAAAGCAAAUUUUUUUUUAGUUAAUUUAUUUAUUUAUAAAAUAUUUUACCAGGAAAGAUACAUUGAGAUUUCUCUCGUUUUCAUUCUCAAGUUUUCUCUCGUUACUAUAUGGUAACUCUUGUGAUGCUCCAGGGAAUUGUUCUUAUCCUAUUGCGCGUCGCUUGGAGCUGUAUCCCCCCAGCCCUCCCCUUUCCCACUUCUGGCUGCCACCCUAUGUCCACUAAUGAGUUGUGGCGACCGCUUGGCUGUAUGGAGAGUGCGUGUCUAUACAGAUUACGGCCACAGUGACCCAGAUCCUGACACUCUCAUGGUGAUAAACUGCAUCUCUGUCUCUCUACAUGCUACAAUAGACAGCUGUAUGUCGGCUCUCUUAUUUCUAAUCCUGCCCAAUGCAACUGUGUAGGUUUCUCAUUGGCCACCAAGCACAGAUUACUAGCCCUCCAAUACCAAGUUGAUUUAGCACGCAUCCGUCAUUUGGCUUAUGAUAUUAGCAUUGACUGCCUGGAGACAAAUGGUGCUAUACAGAUCUAAGGGAUAAUUUAUCAUUUGUUGUGUUAGAAGUGAAAUCUUUGUGUGAAGGGAUUUUCUUGGCAGUAAUGUGCUUUCUGUGUCUCCUUGACUUUUUGCUUUCUGAUUUGGAGAUAAACAUCUCUUGUCAACUGCUGGGGUUGAUUCUAGUCUGUGAUAUGAUCAUACUGCAUCCAGUGCAAUAAUUGUUUGGUCACGCUUGCCUUAAUUAAAGAUCUGUCCUACAUUUCAUUUGUAUGGAAUGAUUAACAAGGAAGCUGUGUGAUGUCUGCAGGGCCAUCAGAAAUUUUAGGGCCCCUGACACAGCUCAAGAUCUGGGCAAGCCCCGAGUCCGCCCAUAGUGGAUGUGGUAUGUGUGUCAUGGAUGCAGUGUGUAUAGUGGAUGUGGUAUGUGUGUCAUGGAUGCAGUGUGUAUAGUGGAUGUGGUAUAUGUGUCAUGGAUGCAGUGUGUAUAGUGGAUGUGGUAUAUGUGUCAUGGAUGCAGUGUGUAUAGUGGAUGUGGUAUGUGUGUCAUGGAUGCAGUGUGUCUAGUGAUGUGGUAUGUGUGUCGUGGAUGCAGAUUGUACGUUUUGUGUAAUGUAUGUAAUGUUUGUAUGCAUGCAUUAGAUGCAGUGUGUGUGUAGUGAAUGCAGAGUGUUUUUGUAGUGGAUGUAGUGUGUCUACAGUGAAUGGAGAGUGUGUAUUUUUGUAGUGGAUGUAGUGUGUGUACAGUGAAUGCAGUGUGUAUUUUUGUAGUGGAUGUAGUGUGUUUGUAUUGAGUGCAAAGUGUGUAUAGUGCAUGUAGUGUGAUUGUGGUGAAUGCAAUAUGUGUAUAGUUAAUGUAGUGUGUUUGCAGUGAGUGCAAAGUAUGUAUAGUGAUUGUAGUGAGUGCAAAAUGUGUAUAGUUCGUGUAGUGUGAUUGUAGUGAAUGCAAAAUGUGUGUAGUUCAUGUAGUGUCAUCGUAGUGAGUGCAAAAUGUGUAUGGUGAUUGUGGUGAAUGCAGAGUGUGUAUAGUGAACGCAGUGUUUGUAGUGAGUACAAAGUGUGUUUAGUAAAUGUAGUGUGUUUAGCGAGUGCAGAGUGUGUGUGUCUAGUGAAUGUAGUGCAGAGUGUGUGUGUCUAGUGAAUGUAGUGCAGAGUGUGUGUGUCUAGUGAAUGUAGUGCAGAGUGUGUGUGUUUGUGUGUUUGUGUAGUGCAGUGUGUGUUUAGUGAAUGUAGUGUGUGUGUGUGUGUGUGUGUGUGUGUGUAAGGAUGCAGUGUUUGUGUAAAGUAGGGGGGAGUGGAGUAUUUAAAAAAAAAAAAAAAAAAUAUAUAUAUAUUUAAAUUUUAAAUUUUAUUCCCCCCCUCCCCGGUUCUUACCUUGCCAGGGAGGGGGGAGAUCGCAUUUACUGGUGGUCUGGUGGAGAGAGCCAGCCGCGUUACAUUUCAGAGGGGGGGCACAGCAGCACACACUGUCUUCCUUUUCAGUUCCUCUCUGACGAACUCUCGCGAGACCGGCCUGCGUGCUGUGCGGAGCGUUGCCAUGGUAACCCAUGGCACCGCUCUGGCGGCCGCAGGAGAGUUAGAGAGGAGCUGGAAGGAGGACAGAGUGUGCUGCUGGUCCCCCUCUGCAAUUUACAGGUAUAUAUCUGUGCACAUAAGGAAUGUGGGGCUCAGACUGCCAGAGCAGUCCGGGUCCCUCAGGACCGCCGGGCCCAUGACAACCGUUAUGGUUGUCAUGCCCUGAUGGUGGCCCUGGAUGUCUGUGGAUAUUGGGGAUCUCGAAGGAAUGAGAUUAAAAAAAAUACUUAUAAAUUGUAUGUGGCACGAUUGGACACUUUAUAUGCAUUAAACUUGCUUUUCUUGAGUUUCUCUUGCCUUGUUCCUUAGAUAUCAGAUGGUCUCCUCAGUCUGGCCUUUCUAGAAUGAAAUGUUACACAUUCAGACUCUUAUAACAAAAGCCACAUCAUGGAGAUUGCAAAUCGUUAAUCCUAAAUUCAUUAUUUGUUCCACAUUACGUUUAUACAAAGUAGUCUUGAAUUUGAGCUUCUGGUUUUAAUAACUAGCAUCAUUACCUGGACAAGGUGUUAGCUCUCCUCCUGGCUAUGUGUCUAGCGUUUUUUUUUGUUUUUGUUUUUUUUAUGAUCAAUACUUACCCAGCAUUAUUACUUGUAAGCUAAAUAUGUUGGACGCCCCUUUGAACAACAUAGUCAUUUGAUGAUACAUUGGUUGGCUAAUCUAUCCUACUGAUACAGUCUUCCUGAUGUCUCAUUGCUAUGACCCAGGGUUUGCUUUCAGUGAGAUAAUGAACCCUGAAAACUCUGGACACUGUGGGAAUAUUUGCUUAUCAGUAUUAUUAGUCCUGACAAUUUAUCCUCUGAGAGUCCCCAGACUUGGAGUCCAUUGCUCUGUUUAGAUUUAUUUUGCAAUAUCCCCCUCUGUGCCUGCCCCAUGGGAGCCUUUGAGAUAUGUGUGUAAUCAGUUGUGCUUCCUCCGUUUGACACGUCCACAGCUCAUCAAAUGAAACCCACCUCAUUACUUCCGAAAUGAGAAUAUUAGUAAAUCUGAUUUGUAUGAGCAAGUGGUACAGAAACGCACACUGUUUUAGUACUAAAUUUGUAGCAUUGCUUUCUUAUAUUCGUUAAAACCUUGGAAUCCAUGUGAAAGAUCAGGAGUUUCUCCAUUUUUGCAAUAUUCCAGUUUGAUUAUUCAUAAUCUCUUAUGUUGUAAACACCUGUAGUUCUCGCCUGUCAAAUGCUUUCUGUAGGUUUCACAGGCAGUUUGUACAGUAUUCGGCUUAGGCUGUGUCACAGAAAAGUUGUUAUAAGGCUGUAUAAACCUGCUGAGACUUGACUGUGCUAGGGCUGGAUAAUCUGACUCUUUCACGUUCUUGUUCUGGCCGAGGGUAGUGGGUAAUCCAUUUUAGUUUGCCCAUUAACAAGUCAGAUGUUACAUGCUGCUGAUAAAUGGGAUAGUGGCAAUGGCUAAUCUUUCAAACCUAGUUUGCUUUAUUUUGCAAGUAUUGCUUGGACAAUAUUGGGGCAGAAUACAUUGUCCUUUUUACAACUCUUAAUAUCCCCCAUCCUUCCUGAAUACAAGGUUUUUGCAGGUAUAGAUCUGCAAGGGUCUUGUGUUAGAGUGAGAUAACCCAUAUAUUAGCUAAUGCCAAGUUAUCACUUUGAAAUCCUGCCUUCAGGAGACUUAUGUGAUGGGUUUACAAAGUGGUAAUGCGGAAACUCCUCAAAAGAACCAUUUUUUGGACAAACCGUGCCCUCGUAGUUCACAGUAGGUGGAAAUCUGGAUGAAUAGGCACAUUUAUUUAUUGUCUCUCAAAUUUGUAUUCCAAGCAAAGAUGAUUUUCAACCACCCCGUACGACUACCUCCCUAGUUAAAGAGGAAACUUCAUUAUUUUUGACCUUUUUGAUUGUUUUCCUUUAAAUUAUAUUGAUAUUUAUCAAAGUGUCUGAAAAAUGGUGGUUAAAUUCUGCCAUUAUUUUGAUCAUAUUUAGGGCUCAACAAAUUCCAGGAGCCUGGUCACCAUGGUUACUAGGAAUUAUGGUGUCAUGGUUUUUGACAGCCCGUUAAGCAAAGAUGGGCGAGUGGUCAAGUAGCCGGGUGAGAAAGGAGACUGAUAGGCAGGCGGUCGGCUGGGAAUGGAGAUGGGUGCGUGAGGGAGCUGUAAUCUUCCUACUGGGAUGCUGGGAGCCUGAAUAGGUCUUCGUGUCCCAAGCAUCACUAAAUGGAACGUCAGGUAGCAGAGCAUGCAUUGUUUACAUUAAAAAGCCUGCAGGAACAGACUAUAAACAGCGGAACCACUACAUCAUGCUGUGUACUAUACAUCAACCUGGAUAAUAUACAUUAAGCUGUAGUGGUUCUGGUGACUAUAGUGUCCCUUUAAGAACUGAACUUUUAUCAUUAAAAUGUUUUUUUUUUUUUUUUAGCUGGCUUCUAGAUUCAGAGUAAAUUUGUCAACCCUUUUAUUAACGUGACCUUAAAAAAUGACAGUUUUUUUCAUAGUAAAUUCCGAAGGUUUUCUCAGAAAUUUCAAUUUUAGAAGACUGCCAUAUUUAUACUAGUGGGAAAAUUUUGUCAAUUUUUCCAAUAGGCAAAUCCGUUGCAUCAGCACAUAAUCAAAAAUGACAGGUUACAAAACAUCAAUAUAAAUAUAUAUAUUGGAAAAUGUGACUCUCGGACAGGGGAGGGCUGGCAACUUGUGGCCUGGGGGGCAGAAGUUACUUAGUGGCCCAUAGUGCAGUUUUACCAACUCCGCCCUUUAGCAUCGGGAUAGACAAAAACAAAAUAGAUGUGUUGAUAGACAUAUAAGAUAAUUGAAAAGAAAGAAUUAAAGUGCAAUUCACCUGGGCAUUUACAGGGAGUGCAGAAUUAUUAGGCAAAUGAGUAUUUUGACCACAUCAUCCUCUUUAUGCAUGUUGUCUUACUCCAAGCUGUAUAGGCUCGAAGCCUACUACCAAUUAAGCAUAUUAGGUGAUGUGCAUCUCUGUAAUGAGAAGGGGUGUGGUCUAAUGACAUCAACACCCUAUAUCAGGUGUGCAUAAUUAUUAGGCAACUUCCUUUCCUUUGGCAAAAUGGGUCAAAAGAAGGACUUGACAGGCUCAGAAAAGUCAAAAAUAGUGAGAUAUCUUGCAGAGGGAUGCAGCACUCUUAAAAUUGCAAAGCUUCUGAAGCGUGAUCAUCGAACAAUCAAGCGUUUCAUUCAAAAUAGUCAACAGGGUCGCAAGAAGCGUGUGGAAAAACCAAGGCGCAAAAUAACUGCCCAUGAACUGAGAAAAGUCAAGCGUGCAGCUGCCACGAUGCCACUUGCCACCAGUUUGGCCAUAUUUCAGAGCUGCAACAUCACUGGAGUGCCCAAAAGCACAAGGUGUGCAAUACUCAGAGACAUGGCCAAGGUAAGAAAGGCUGAAAGACGACCACCACUGAACAAGACACACAAGCUGAAAUGUCAAGACUGGGCCAAGAAAUAUCUCAAGACUGAUUUUUCCAAGGUUUUAUGGACUGAUGAAAUGAGAGUGAGUCUUGAUGGGCCAGAUGGAUGGGCCCGUGGCUGGAUUGGUAAAGGGCAGAGAGCUCCAGUCCGACUCAGACGCCAGCAAGGUGGAGGUGGAGUACUGGUUUGGGCUGGUAUCAUCAAAGAUGAGCUUGUGGGGCCUUUUCGGGUUGAGGAUGGAGUCAAGCUCAACUCCCAGUCCUACUGCCAGUUCCUGGAAGACACCUUCUUCAAGCAGUGGUACAGGAAGAAGUCUGCAUCCUUCAAGAAAAACAUGAUUUUCAUGCAGGACAAUGCUCCAUCACACGCGUCCAAGUACUCCACAGCGUGGCUGGCAAGAAAGGGUAUAAAAGAAGGAAAUCUAAUGACAUGGCCUCCUUCUUCACCUGAUCUGAACCCCAUUGAGAACCUGUGGUCCAUCAUCAAAUGUGAGAUUUACAAGGAGGGAAAACAGUCCACCUCUCUGAACAGUGUCUGGGAGGCUGUGGUUGCUGCUGCACGCAAUGUUGAUGGUGAACAGAUCAAAACACUGACAGAAUCCAUGGAUGGCAGGCUUUUGAGUGUCCUUGCAAAGAAAGGUGGCUAUAUUGGUCACUGAUUUGCUUUUGUUUUGUUUUUGAAUGUCAGAAAUGUAUAUUUGUGAAUGCUGAGAUGUUAUAUUGGUUUCACUGGUAAUAAUAAAUAAUUGAAAUGGGUAUAUAUUUGUUUUGUGUUAAGUUGCCUAAUAAUUAUGCACAGUAAUAGUCACCUGCACACACAGAUAUCCCCCUAACAUAGCUAAAACUAAAAACAAACUAAAAACUACUUCCAAAAAUAUUCAGCUUUGAUAUUAAUGAGUUUUUUGGGUUCAUUGAGAACAUGGUUGUUGUUCAAUAAUAAAAUUAAUCCUCAAAAAUACAACUUGCCUAAUAAUUCUGCACUCCCUGUAUAUGUGAAAAGUAGUUAGAGAGCAUCUCGGAGAGCAAUUGCCCUGCCCACCUGCACAUCACUAAUCCAGGCAAGCAUUUAGUAAAAUACUUUCUGAAGGAUUUCCCAGCAAGGGAAUGCAUACACCUUGUAUAUCUUGCCAAUGAAAAUUAAAUCCAUAAACUAGGUAAAUCAUGUCAAAGAGCAGUAAACCUGCCCCCGGCAGCUCUGUGCCAUCGUAUCCUAAUGGCAUCCCCAGCAGCUUGCUCAGGCAUCCUCGUUGCUCCCUGGUGUCUAGUGGGAGGCUGUGCACUGUGUAUGUGCACAUACAUCCUGUUGCCAGACUGUAUCACAUUUAGUGAAGUCAGAGGUGGCAGGUUAUGUGACUCGCGACCUCUGACUUCCCAAAACACACAGGAAGUGCGAGAGACUGUGACAGGAUGUAGACUGUGCACAUACACAGAGCACAGGCACCGCGCUGCCUCCUUCUCCCCGCUGAGGCGGCUGGUAUCCAGCCACAAAAUAUACGGACAAUGCUGCCGGUAUAUUCCUAAUUCCGGCACCAACUGGCUUAACGGUUGGCAAAUGGCUAGAACUUUUGGCGGCCUUUGGGGCAACUGACUCCUGGCCCAGCCAGCCCCUGCUGUCAAUGAGCUAAAAUGGAAGAACCUGUGCGAUAAAGUGAUGUGGAGUUCAACAUUUUAUUUUACUUCUUACAAAUACAUUUGUUAAAUAUAAGGGAUAAGUUAACAUUUGUAAUAAAACGUUUUUUUUUUGGGUUUUUUUUAAAAACCACACUGUCACUCUAAAGAGUUGCACUGCAGGGAUUGGAGAUUUGCAUCAAGAUGAAGUGGUUUUGGUGCUUAGGCUUGUCCCUUUAACCCAUUUGCUUGCAAUCAAUAUUUGUUGCCUAUAAGUAUUUGUUACCCAGGUAUAUUUGUUUAAUUUAUUCCAAAUGUUUGUUUCUGCCAUUCAGUGCAAAUGUCUAGGAAUUCCUUGUACACACAUAGUGAAUCAUGGGAAGUUAUCUGUCACUGGUAUGUAGAGGUACGUGUCACACUACGGUAUACGUGAGCACACACAAUGUAACUGCUCAAUGUUUUCACACAGUGUUGUAAUGUUGAAAGUUAGAAUGUAGGGAAACCCGGAUUUUCUACAAAGGUACAGCGCUGCGGAAUAUGUUGGUGCUAUGUAAAUUAUAACAUAACCUGCAAAAAUAAUGAAAAUAAUCGGUUUAAACGCAUUGAAGAUGUAAAGCAAAGGAAAAUGUAUAAUUUAGUCCCUGCAGCAGAGCCCAAAUAUUGAUCUUCCCUUCUGUGAUUCCUUUAUGCAGCAAAUGUGUCUAGUACUAGGUGUUUUCGUGUCCCGUGCUCCCUCUCCGGCUAAUGCUGGAGUAUUGGGUCCUUCCAUUCAUGCAUUGGUUAUCUCGUGGCUCACCCCUCUGUAUCGGCUAUUUGCCAGUUCAGCAUUUUUGUCUAAAGUGCACAGCAAGAGACAAAGACAUGAGCCACAGCAGGCUUUAGCAGAGCCUUUCGUCUCCCCUCCUGCUAAUUAACGUAAUUACAGCUCAAGUGAAUAUUCAUAAAUUACUCUGGCUCUAAUUUGUAUGAAAUGACAGACUGUUCACCCCCUGAAUGAUUGAAGAGGUCCGGAAUAAUUCCAUUUGAUUCCAAUCUCUUUCCCCUCCCCCUUCCACUCCUCUGACUUUCAUUACUUUGUGUUUGUUUAAACUCUGGGCUGCAGUUUGCCUCUAAUAUUGGUCAGUUUCUCCCGUGAUGGUAUGUGAUUUUGUUUUCUUAAAUUAAACUUACUGAGUUUUUGUUGUUUCUUAAUAUUUUUGAGAUGUAGCACUUGAAGUGGUGUUUGUAGACAUAACUCUGACGUGGCCCUCUUUUGCAUUGACAUUUUUCCUUUUUGGAAGGCAAAUCACUGGUGUUUCAGAUCAAAUCUUUACAAACAAAAUGGUAAAUGCUGCAUUAGAAUUUUGUUGAUAUCAGUAAAAAAAAUAUAUAUACAAUAUACACGAGAUAAAGACCAUAAAUUUUUUUAAAUGUAUAAUGUAUAAGCAAAGGGGUAUCUCCUUGUUUCCUUAUACUUUUGUGCGUAUCUACCAGAACGUACAUGUUUUAGCACUUAGUUAUUUACAAAGAAUAAAAUGACGUGCAAUUCAUUGUGCAGUUUCCGAUGCAUGUUCCUCAGUUGUUAAAUAAUCUGUUUUAACUAUACUUCCAAUAACCCCUUCAAGCCACUUAGCUGAAUCCAGCGCCGAUGUCCCUCUGCGAUGGGCCAGGCUCUGCCCACGCUCCUCCCUCACUGACGUCAGCCGGCGGGGGAGACCUAAUGCGCAUGCGCAGCAAUGGACGUGUGCACAUUAAACCUCCCCAUAGGAAAGCAUUAUUCAAUGCUUUCCUAUGGGGAAAAUCUGACGCUGGAGGUCCGUGAGGAUGUUUAGCGUCAGACCAAAAGUCAGUUUUAAUUCCGGAAGCCCUCUAGUGCCCGUCUGUUAGACUGCCACAGAGGGCAGACUUAGAGCUGCAAUUGCAGCACAAAGUGCAAAAGGGACACAGCACCCAGACCACUUCAAUUAGCUGAAGUGGUCUGGGUGCCUACAGUGUCUCUUUAAGCAUGUGAGGGAUAUGCAUAAGGCUAUCCUAGCUAUAAGAUAAGGCCAGGGAGUAAUGAAAGUAUUUAGAAAAUUGGGCAGACUAGAUGGGCCGAAUGGUUCUUAUCUGCCGUCACAUUCUAUGUUGAGGGAAUCUUACGAACGGCUAUUUAUACUUAAAAUUUUAAAGUCUCUGGCCAGUUACCCUAAAUUCUCUACACACUUGUUCAUUUUUUUCAUUAAUUCUGGAUAGCCUGUCAUGGGCUAUUCUUGAUGAAACACACAUUCAAAGGACCAACCUAGGGAUAUAUUAGAAACUAUUCAUCAGCAUUCUGAAGUGGGGGAUAUUUACCAAAUGGGCUGUAUGUAAAGUGCCAGUUUUGUUAGUCAUAAUUUUUUUUUAAUUUUUUUUUACAACUUUUAGUUUCCAUGCCCACAUUUUCCUGCGCUUCUUGUUUCAUGAAAAGCCUGCAGUCUUGAUUGUCAAAGACAUUUACAUGCUUGAGAGGUGCCCAAGUGUUUGUUUUAGUGUUACUCUGUGUUCUGCCGGUUGGGGGCCUUAUUGGUUCUGUUGUGUCCCCUCCAUCCAUCCCCCUCUCUCUUUCUCCCUGUAUUAUGUCUCUCUGAUUUCUUUUCUUGUCUCUGCCCGCACAGACCACUUGAACAACAAUUGUACAGAUUGGAAGCUUUCCAUAUGAGUGCUGCUGAAUGCAGAACAAGAGCUUGAAAACGGGAAUAUUAUACCAGCUAUGAGGGCAUUUAACCCUUUGACUGCUCGCUUUCUGGAACACACUUGGUGGAAGCCAUUCAAUGCUUUUCCUUCCUACUAGCUGGUAUUAAACCAUUUAUCCAUGCAGCAAUAAAGAGACUUCUUGGGGGGAGCUGUAAACGGUUAGGUGCGAAUUUGAUGCUUCAAUGGCUAAUUCAUUGAUUGUCUUCUGGCAGGGCUUUGGUAUAGCAUUGAUGAUUAGCUUUCUGCUACAGUGGAGCUAGAAAAAGGGUAAAAAUAUCAGUGGACAAUAGCGUUUAUAGGUCUGUAUGUAUAGCAUUUGUCUAUGGUCAGACACACGCAGAACAAUACAGCAGUACCAUAUUAACACAUUCACACAGACCGCUUGUCAGGCUGUCAUAAUUUCAUAAAAUUGCUUUGUUCCCUUUUCCUAUCCACCCUUCCCCCUCCAAAAUCAGUAUUUCAUAAAAAUAAAAUCUUUAUGAAAUAUUCACAUUGACUGUGUUGGCAUUUCACUGAUAUUACAACGCAGUUAAGAGAUAUAUAGUAAGACAAAGUCAGGCCUAUUUUCUUGGUAUUUUUCUUAGACUUGAAAAAACAUGGAACUACUGCUGUCACAGUAAUUGCAAUUUUCCCACAACGUUCAUCGGUGAUUGCUGCACGAUAAGGACCUGGGGCCGCGAGGGACAGGUUCAGGUAAGUAAAACUCACUUUCCCCAGAACCCAACGGAGCAGUCACUGCUGGGGGAGACUGUGACAGAGUGAUUUACCUGCUGAUAAAUGUUUUACUGAGAUUUCUUUGACAGUCACUGUUCAACCCAUGCCCCCAUAACCAUAAGUGUGUGGUCAAGCUGGGUUUUUGCAAAUCAUUGCAGCAGAUGGAAAACUCAAUUUAUCACAUCCUAUGCAUGGAGCCCCGAUGUUGUAGUGUUUCACGAGUCCCCUUAACAUGUAGCCGUAAAACAUGUAGUUAGAUUUUUUUUUUUUUUUUUUUAAAUAUACUGGAGAUUGCACUUUCCUGACUGUUAGUAGAACAAAAGGGCAGGAUCUGCGUUGCAAAACAUUUAUUCCUCCUCGGCCUAUUGCUGACACUUCAGUGAGCUGAAAAUGACUUACCCUGAGGAUCUGUACAUACACCCUGCCUUAAUGAUCUUCAUGUCUACAUUGUACAAAGCUUGCUUCUGACAAGUAUUUUUACAAGCAGGACACCUCUGUCCAGAGUGGCCGAUAUCCAGUCCAGUGGUUUAGGAAAUCUUAAACUUGUAUGAAACCUUCAAUCUUCUACUGAACCUCAUGUGUUUGCUGUCUAUCAGGAAUGAGUGGCUGAAAGCAAUGUUCAUUCAAUGAGUGAAAGGUGGACAUUACUUCUGCUAGUGAUUUCUCCCACUCUCUAUAGUGCAGUUAUGUUCCAGAUAGUGAUGAUUUACAAUUCUGCACAUCAUUUGCUUAGCCUGAAGAAUUCCAUAUUUCCAUGGCUUUAGCUUGACUACAGAUUGCUUUGUCCAAUCUUAUUAUAUUAAAGGGAAACAACUUCAGUUUAAUCAAGUAGCUUUGGUGUAUAGAUCCUUCCCCAUGCAGUCUCACUGCUCAGGUGUUCUCUGCCAUUUAGGAGUUAAAUCACUUUUGUUUCUGUUUAUGCAGCUCUAACCACACAUCCCUGACUGAAGCCUACAUGAAACCAAUAUAUAUUUUUAUUCUGAUCUGACUGCACAAUGUGUUUACUUUAGAAGUUAUCUCCUGCUAGAUUAAAUUCAAUCUCUCAUGACAUUCCUGCAUACUGUAGCAGACAAUUAACAAAUCUUGAGAUAAGACAUUUUAAAUUAAAAAGACUGUGCAAUAAAGGAAGUGUAAACGUUAGAUCUCUCUUUACAGGAAAUGUGUAGGGAAACUGUGUAGGUGUGAAUAGUGUUGCAUAAACAAAGUGAUUUAACUCCUAAAUGGCAGAUAAUUGAGCAGUGAGACUGCAGGGUGAUGAUCUAUACAUUAAAACUGCUUCAUUAAGCUAAAGUUGUGUUGUUGCUUAGUGUCCUUUUAAUUGCAGAACUGGCUCUAAGAGUGUAAGACUAAAUAACCCAUCUGAUGGAGAAGUGUCUGUUACAUUUUGACCCUUUCCCUGCCUGUUCUGGCAUCAGGCCAAGUCAUUUUUUCACAGAUGCAGCAAUGAUGGUUUUGUUUCAAUGGAACUUCACCUUACUCCCCUUAAAAGUAUAUUUUCUCUCCUAUUGUUUGUUUGUUGUGAGUGUAGAUGUUUUGUCUGAUAUUUGGUUGCUUCCCCUUGAAGGGUCUCCUGGGCAGGACAUAAGUUCCACAAUUUACUGCAAAAUGAAAACUAAAAAUAUUGAAAAAUAAAGAUCCUUGCAUUUAAUUUUUAUUUUUAUUUUUAAAUUUACCAAUAAUCACCCAAAAGCAGUUAAUGGUCAAAAUUCUCAGGUAAUAUUUGUCCUCUUGUUGAUUUUAGUGGAAUUGCCGAGCCAGGUACACGGCCAGCAGGGUAGCUCCGCAGUAAUUCAAAAAGGGUUCAAAAUCCUUGCCUGGAAAUUAUAGACCUGUGAGCUUAACUUCUGUGGCUGGUAAAAUAUUUGAAUGGUUAUUAAGGGAUAAUAUUCAAGAAUUCCUUGAGAAGAACAUGGUUAUCAGCAAAACUGAGCACGGUUUUAUGAAGCACAGGUCAUGUCAAACUAACUUGAUUGCGUUCUACGAAGAAGUAAGUAGAAGUAUAGAUCAGGGUGUUGCCAUGGAUGUGAUCUAUUUGGAUUUUGCCAAGGCAUUUGAUACAGUUCCACACAAUAGAUUAGUGUUCAAACUCAAGGAAAUCGGUCUAGAUGAAAAUGCUUGUUCUUGGGUAGAAAGAGUUGUCAUUAAUGGUAAAUUUUCAAGCUGGACAGAGGUGGCAAGUGGUGUCCCUCAGGGGUCUGUUCUGGGACCCCUUCUAUUUAACAUGUUUAUAAAUGAUCUUGAAGACCGCAUUGAAAGUCAUGUUCCAGUGUUUGCAGAUGACACAAAACUUUGUAAAACAAUACAAUGUGAGCAAGAUAUUACUUUGCUGCACAGGGAUUUAGAUAGACUGGGGGACUGGGCACUCAAAUGGCAGAUGAAAUUUAAUGUUGAAAAAUGCAAAGUUAUGCACUUCAGCGUAAAGAAUACACAUGCAACGUAUACCCUUAAUGGAAGCAAAUUAGGGAUAACAACACACGAAAAGGACUUGGGAAUUGUUAUAGACAACAAACUAUGCAACAAUGUGCAAUGUCAAUCAGCAGUGGCCAAGGCCAGUAAGGUAUUGUCAUGCAUGAAAAGGGGCAUUCAUUCUCGGGACAAGAAUAUCAUUUUGCCUCUUUAAAAAUCACUGGUAAGACCACAUAUUGAAUAUGCUGUGCAAUUUUGGGCACCUGUUCUAAAGAAGGAUAUUAUGGCACUAGAAAAAGUGCAGAGGCGGGCUACAAAAUUAAUAAAAGGAAUGGAACAUAUCGGCUAUGAAGAAAGGUUAACAAAUUUAAACCUAUUUUAGUUUAGAAAAAUGUCGCCUGAGAGGGGAUAUGAUAACAUUAUACAAAUAUAUUCGGGGCCAAUACAAACCAUUGUGUGGAAUUCUUUUCACAAACCGGACUUUACAUAGGACACGAGGCCAUGCGUUUAGACUGGAAGAAAGAAGAUUUCGUCUAAGGCAAAGGAAAGGUUUUUUUACUGUAAGAACAAUCAGGAAGUGGAAUUCUCUGCCUGAAGAAGUGGUUUUAUCAGAGUCCAUACAGAUGUUCAAACGGCUACUAGAUGCAUACUUGCAAGAACAGAAUAUUCAAGGAUAUAAUCUUUCAAUGUAGGGUAAUAACUGCUUGAUCCAAGGAUAAAUCUGACUGCCAUUCUGGGGUCAAGAAGGAAUUUUUUUCCUAGCUUGUUGCAAAAUUGUGUUUCAAACUGUUUUUUUUUUUUGCCUUCUUUUGGAUCAACAGCAAAAAACUAAUGUGAGGUAGGCUGAACUUGAUGGACGCAAGUCUCUUUUCAGCUAUGUAGCUAUGUAACUAUGUAACAUGGGUGAAAUAACUGGGCAGGCUAAUAUGUCCUGCAUUGUACUUAAUAUCUAACAGGCUGUUUUCAUUGUUUUCCAUGAAUGCAGCGCAUGUUCCCAAAUAGAAAUGUAUGAGUUAUUUUAUCUCAGACCAUGGGGCAAUGUUUACUUCCUACAUCAGACAUGCAAUUUUACGUAAGUGUGUGAUAAACAUGGUUCUCUUUGUGAUUACAAUUUUUUUAUAGUGUGUAUUACUUUGAUGACACAUGGCCUCUCACUACUUCCAUAAUGUUCAUUUGAAAGAGAAAUAAAGAAUGUCUUUAUUAAUUGGAUCUGUGUAAUGUUUUGUGCUCGGUGAGAUGCUGGUUGUUGUGUGUGCAGGUGCAGGCAGUAUUUAUUAAGCUAAUUGCUUACAUACAGAAACCUCCAUUAGCUGAAUGAGUGAAAUCUAACUGGGCUCUGUCCAUUCAGCCAGAUAGCAUUUCAUAGUGUUUAUUGCUGUUCUCCUGUGGAUCUUUUUAUUUAUUUUUUUGGGGUAGUUCGUCUUGGGUUACAGGCUACAGCAGGCGGGUAGCUUUUUUACCAAUGCUUCCCGGCAGGGCUUGGAAGAGCAGCCAUGGGUAGUGUGCCGAGUGCGCUCAGGAGGAAUCGAGUUGCAAUUUUCCAGGGAUUACUAAUGCAGAAAAGCUGUUUUCCCAUUGAGUGGACUUCCCAUUAACUCCGUGUCCAGGUCACCUGCGGAACAGAAAGGGAUGGCAGGCUAAUGCUCUUAUUGCCAUAGUGAUGGCUAUUGAAGAGGAACAUAAAACUUCAAUAGGAAGACGCAUGCGGCGUACUCAGCCCUCACAAAAUAUUAGACAUAUUUUUAUGAGUCCAGUUCACACAUGCUUUAUAGACACUGUAAUAGCAUUAUAUUGAUAAUUAGCAAAUUGACUUAAUCUGCGCUCUGCAGCCUCUUUUAUUCAUUUAGAGCAUUACUCCCAACAGUUUUGAUCUCGGUUUUGCAGCUCCCUAUCAAUUCACCACCUAAUGAAUGCCAGUGUAAGGAUUGAAUCAGACCAUAUAAAGCCAUGUUUGUGCAGUGUGAUUUAGGUGACCAGAUACACUAUAGAUUCCAGGAUAACAAUCCGUUUGUGAUGGAGUAGAAUUAAUAGACUUUGGGGGAAAUUGUUAGAAGUGCAUUCAACUCGUUACUGGACAGUAGUUUUAGCACAUGAAAUGGAUGCAUCCAGCAGAGUAUGAUCUAUUGCAGACUGAGCAUUGUAUCAGCUGAGCCUGUAAGCCUUGCAAGUACGGCUAAUACUCAGAAAUCUCUUGCAUCAGAAUAGGCUAUUUAUAGUCCCAGGAAAGACUCCUUAGGAUACAUUAUUAAUGAAGUGUCUUCCAAUUAAGAAAGAUGUGUCUGCUCUUGUGGGUGUUUGUCAAGGUAAGGUGCCUGCUUAGUAAGCUGGCAAUUUAUACUAUCAGGAGCUGGUGAUGAAAGAGCCACCAGUGUCUUAUGUCUUUGAAUUGGAUAAACAAGUCCUAGCUUUGCAGUGCGUUGUUCAAUGUUUACAGCUUCACCGAGUUAAUGGAAAUUUAUAGCCAGAUACACACUUGAGGUCUGCAUGUUGUAUCAUUCCCUCUGAUGGCACCAGCAACCGAGGCAGGGCUUCCCACCGCAACCAGAGCAGACAUGAUACAAGAGUUCAGUGUGGCUGUACUUUGUUUAGUUAACCUAUGUUCACUCGCUGCUUCAUUUUUCUAUAUAUUAUGCCCAGUCAUCAGCUUGCUAAAAUACAGAGAGAAAUAGUUUUUUUGCAUUAUAAUAUUCAUUAUGAUAGCACCUCCAUAUAGUGACACACUCGAUAUUCAAGACCAGUGACCCCUUAAGGGGAUAAACUGUGAUACCCAUUUGCUUUUAACCCUUUAUUGCAGGAGGAGUUAGCCCCAAGGUGAGGAAUUCCCGCAAUGCCUUUUUCCUGAGAAGUCACUCAAGGUUUCCCGCAAGGUUAGCAUUUCAAAGCCACACAUUAAGAAUUGUUCUGGCAUUCUUCCCGAUAGGUGAUGUUUCUAUUACAGAAAAUUGACAGUGCAUUAAAUUAUGCCUGCGAAGGAGGAAGAUGGGAUCUGUCACGCAUCCUGUAUUAAGCCUGGUUUCUUUCUAAGCUUCUCAUAGAGAUGCUCAGACACUAGCAAAGAUAUCCAACACCUAAUACUUCACAAUCCAUUUGGCCACGUGUAAAAAUAGAAUAAAAAAAUGGUGUGCCAGCAAAACCCCAGACCUGAGCCCCAUAUGUGAUAUUUGUACUUUUCCAUGACAGCGGGUGCUCUUGCUUUCUCCAAAAAUUACCACGCUUGGAUUCCUUUGAAGAUAAAACACUCUGGCUGAAAUAACGUUUUUUUCUUAAAAUUAAGCAACUGCUUGUUUACUUUAUAUAUAACAUCCUUGCAUAAAACGUAUAAAAUUGUCAGCCACCAUCAAAGUAUUUAAAAAGUAAUCUGUUUUUCCAAAUAAAUGCUUGUUAUAGGUGGAUUGGUUUGUAAUGCAUAGAUAUAAGUAUAUACCCUUUCAGUGGGUAUCCAGGCUCACUCUAAAUCCAUGGGGGCAACCAUCAUUAACUUUUCUUUGGUCUAACCAACACUUAGUAAACCAGAGACAGCAUAGGUAGGCUGCAUGUAAAUAAAGGUGUUUGGCAGCUCAAAAACGUGCACUUUGUUUUAGGCUUCGUCUGCACAUAGCCUUGGAAUAUACAUGUUAAGACCGAACAGGAUUAAAGCUGGUCAUCCUUAAUGAAUAGAUUACAAAAUAAUGCACACAGGCUACAAUAAAUGCAAUUUUUAACUUGUAUUUAAUGAAAGACCAGUUUAAUCUGCAAUACUUCCAUAGUCACAUUCUUAUCAACAGUAUAUGUACAGGUGAAAUCUCUGUACUUACGUUAAUUUAGAGAAUAUACACACACACACACACACACACACACCACACCACACCACCACCACCGCUGUGGUGGGGGGAAAAUGUGUGGAUGAAAACCUCUUCCACCUGAAGUAAGUGGAUAGUUAAUACAUUGCUAAACACAAAUGCAAACACCAGUCAGGCCAUAAGACUUGUUUUUCCCACAGAAAUCUCAAUUUAACAACCUCCAUUGCAAGCCAGUAACCAACCUCAUGCUGAUGAGUUGCAUUAACAACAAAACAGCUGUCUGUGAGUGAUUCACUGGCUUUGCUCCGAUUCCUGAGUUGUUUCAAAGCUGUUGUAUACAGAAGACACAUACUCCAAGGAAUGAUGUAUAAAGUGGAAUUAUAAGGGAUAAAUGUGGUUGUUUGUUGAGCUCACUUGCAUAUGCCUACCCAGAAUCCCUUGCAGUAGAGAGCACGGUUAAAGUGAGAUUUCUGUCAGAAAAGCAAGUCUUAUGGCUUGACUGGUGUGUGUAUUUGUGUUUAGCAAUGUAGUGUGUGUGUGUGUGUGUGUGUGUGUGUAUAUAUAUAUAUAUAUUCAUUUUUACUGUACUUAUUGGCCCCCAGUAGCACCCCAUUUAAGCAGGUGAGUGCAGCCAGCCCCUUGUAUGUAUGUAUGUAUAUAUGUGUAUGUGUAUAUAUAUAUAUAUAUAUAUAUAUAUAAUCUAUUUAAAAGCUAUAUCAGAUUGAUCAGUAUUGCUUCAGACCUGAGGAAGAGUCGAAAGCGUGUCUCUGAAAUAUGUUACUUUAAUAAAAAAGAUAUCAUUGCAUAUUGCAAUACUCUGGUAUUUUGGCAUAUUUUAUAUAUAUAUAUAUAUAUAUAUAUAUAUAAUGCUUUGUGUGUUGUGAGCAUAUUUUUAUGAUCAAUAUUCACUUUUUUGCUGGCAAUGUUGCGAUUACAGUACACGGAUUUUGCAGAAAAUAACUUUUUGGGUGAUCGGGCCACUUCUUAGGGUGACAUUUUUUGCUCUUUAGAGAUUACACUGUCAUUUCAACAUGGCUUACUUAAUAAACUGACCAAAUGUUUCCCAGAAUCCCUAAUAUCGUAACUAUUGGUUUCUAUAAACUCCAUUCGAGUCCCUGUUCGUUUGUUACCAUGUUACUUAGAGGAGAAGGGGCAGACUUUCAGAUAAAAUCUGCUGUUGCCAUGCCAUUGCCAGGGAAAUGCUGCAAAGAAUAAAUUCUAAUCACCAUCGGACAAUUUUCUUACCAUCUGUGUGAAUAAUCUACGUUACAAUAUUCAACCCUUGUCUGCAUAGAAACUGGAAUUAAAUGAAGGACUUAAAACAGGGCUAUAACAUGUUAAAUGGGAUAAUCAGGCUAAAUGACAGACAGCAUGGAGGGUUAGUUUUGGAAAUCUCGAGAAACACUCAAUACUCCUCUCAUUGUCAUAGGUCAGUCUGGAACAAGGUACUGUGGAAUUUGAUUACAGACUUUACUGUUGGGUGUCUGACAUUUGUAGAAUUCUGGGAUAUUCAUGCAAUAUUGCCAUAGUGAUGGAUAUUGGUUAAAAUAUCAGGGCUUUAAAUUGCAUUUGUAUAAGCAUUCCGAAGGUAUUCCGCUAGGUCGAGAUAGAAUAUUCUCUGUAUAAUGUAGCACAGAUUUAGCCAGUGAGCAGCACAGACAAAUGACAAGAGGAAGUUAUUCCUACCCCUGCCCUAAACUGUGAAUUCAGGCCAGAAAUGCUCUGCGUUAACUUUCCUUCUAAAUAGCACUGUCCUCUUCCAGGUUUUCUUAAAGUACACAUCAAGGGCAGAGGAGAACAAAAUGGUAACAUAGUGAGAGCAAUUAAAAAAUAAUCUCAAUAGAGGCAGGUGACAAGGAGGGUAAUAAUCAUUCCGAUACAAGGAAAAUAGGAAAAUAAAGGACAGUACUUCAUUAAAGAUUGCAGUUUGUCGGUUGUUCACAAUUCCUAACUGAAUAUAAAGCCUUUGGUCAGUUUUGGUCAUUGUAAACACCAUAUCCAAUAUAGAUUAUUGUGAUUUAGGGCACAAGGACACCUAUGGGUUUUUUUUAUUCUUUUUUUUUUUUUUUUUGGAAAAAAAAAAAAAACGAAAAACAGGGCUCUCCUGGUACCCAAAGAACUGGCCAAUCUGCUGCUGCAGGGACAAUGUAUAUGUCGUUCACAGCAGCUGUACACUGAUCAACAACAUUAAAUCCACCUGUGUAAUAUCCUGUAGGUGCUGCCAAAACAACUUUGAUGGGUUGAGGCAAGGACUCUACAAUGUAAAUGUGUCCUGUUGUAAUUGGCAGCAGAUCCUUUAAGUCCUGCGAGUUUCGAGGUGGAGGCUCCAUGGAUCGGAUUUGUUGUUCCAGCACAUCCCACAGAUAGAGACCUGGGGAAUUUAGAGGCCACGGAAACACCUAGAACUCUGCCAUGUUCCUUGAACAAUUUCUGAACAAUUUUUGCAGUGUGGCAGAGCGCAUUAUUGUGCUGAAAGAAGACUUCCAUCAGGGAACACCAUUGCUAUGAAGCGAAAUCUGUGGUCUGCGUCAAUCUCUAGGUAGGGGGUAUGUGUCAACGUAACAGCCACAUGAAUGUUAUGACCCAAGGUUCUAAGUGGAACAUGCCCAGAGCAUAAUACUGCAUACACUGGCUUGCCUUCUUCCCAUAGUGCAUCCUGUUGCCAUCUCUUUCCCAGGUAAUUGAUGCAAACGCACCUGGCCAUCCACCUGAUCGUAAAGAAAACGUGAUUCAUCAAACUGGGCAACCUUCUUCCAUUGCUCUAUGGUCCAGCUCUGAGGCUCGUGUCACACUGAUACCGCCCAUGGGCACUCUGACCAGUCUGUGGCUACGCAGCAAACUGCAAUGCAUUGUGUGCUCUUAUCUUUCUUUCAUGGCCAGCAUUAUGUUUUUCAGCAAUUUGAGCUACAGUACCUCUUCUGUGCCAUCGGACGAGGUAGCCUUUGCUCCCCACAUGCAUCAAUAAGCCUUGGGUGCCCAUGACCCUGUUGUUGAUUCACCGACUGUCCAUCCUUGCAUUACUUUUGAUAGGUACAAACUACUGUAUACCAGAAACACCCUACAAAACUUGCUGGUUUGGAGAUGCUGUGACCCAGUUGUAACAAUAUAAUCAAUGUUAUUCACUUCACCUGUCAGUGGUUUUAAUGUUGUGGCUGAUCAGUGUUGACAGUCUUAAGGCAGAGCAGUGAUUUCACAACUUAACUGCCCUCUGUGAUCCUCUGCCUCAGUCAGUCAUGCGAUUUCUGUCUAGACUGCUUAAAUUAAGUAGAAUAAUCUGGUUUUAAUUGUAUGAGAACCACCCUAAUCUGAUUUGAUGCAUAUGUUUUAAUUAGGACUUUAUUUAAAAGGGAGCAAUCACUAUUGAAAACGGCAUUGUCACCCCCUCUCUGAAACAUGAGUAUUUCAUAAAGAAAGGGACUACUUUGUCUCUGUAUAUUUCCUUUGCCUGACUUUCUUAGACUCUGGGCAGAACUACAGUGAAAACCUGACAGCCAUCACCAAUGAUGGCUGCAGGGAAUUGUCUGUGGUGAAUCCUGUGAUCUUUAAUGCUGAAGAAAAAAAAAAUGGACCCCUGACAUUCUAUGGUUAGCAAGCCUUGAGAUGAUUCUGAUUGCAUUGUACAAAUGCUAAUUUUUUUUUUUUAUCUACUCAAGUGGCAUAGCUUGACCAGGUGAGAGGUAUUCUCUUAUAUUCUGCGCCCUUGGGUAGCUUUGGAAAGUGGCAUAUUAAAAGGUAUCUUUAUUUAGGAAGGACAUAUUCAUUGGAGCUGUAAAAUACCCAUGUAUACCGAGGCACGUGGCUGACAAAGACACCUUGCAAUUCUCAACCUGCUAAAGGCAAGUUACGUAAAUUCAUCAUCUCUUAUGAAAGAAAAGGGUUGUGUUGGGCAUUUGGCAAACUGCCUUUCUCACUUCCUUAAGUUGGCCCUGUUGCCAUGGGAAUAGCAUAGCCAACAUUCCUAUAGGACCGGUAUCCUAGACCAGAAGGUCGGGUAGAUCAUUGUCGUAGGCAAGGGAGGCAUCUUGUUUCUCUCAGCGUCUGCUCUGAAUGUAUAUUGUGUAUUUACCGAAGUGGUUUGUCGCAGAACUAAACAUAAAGCAAUACCUACAUUCCAUGACUUACUGCUCGCUUUCCAUGUUGGCUAAGCAUGCUGUGUGUGUGCUUCCGUGGUAGGUAUGUUGACUUAUGAAAUUUGCAUGUCCUUUAGUUUUGCACAUUUGAUUGAUAUCUGGCUAAUGAGUAGAAUGCAAUUACACAGACAGGGCAGGCCUGCAUCCACUAUAUCGGUGAUCCAAAUGGUAGAUCUCUGAGAUGUGCCUAUUUCCAUGUGGCUUUCAUAUUAAAGUAUAAGUUAUACAUCAAGAGAUCAAGGCUUCCUGCGCUGUAUAUUUCCGCAUUACCCAGAUUGUACUCAGCACAGAACACACAACCACCUACAACAUAUGACACAUGAUGUUACAAUCUGCUUGUAUGCUGCAUUGAACCAUUCAGGUGGGGGAAAGUAUUGUAUGCUAUGGAAGAAAAAAAGAAUAUUCAUUAUUUGUACUAUUAACCAGGAUUCAGCGUUCGACUGUAUUUUUGCAUUUAGGAAAAGCCAAUGUUUUAUAGAUAUUGUGUAAAGAGUUAAAGGGACACUCUAAGUCCCCUAACCAGUACGGUGUAUUGUAUGGCUUUUUGGUGCAGAAGUGGGUUAACGGUUGUAGUUGCUGGGCUAGAAGUGCCCAGAACAUGGAAGAUGUAUUGGGCUCUGGGCAGCUGCCUCUUUUGCCCAUAAAUAAUGGCAGCCCUCUCUGCAAUCUGUUCUGAUUUAGGACAUAGUCCUUGCAGUGGUCACAUGGAAUUUUAUGUUCUUUUGGUUCUGAGGGCAAUAAACUUGCUUAGAGAAUCUCUGCAACAAUGAGUUAAAGUAGAACUACCUGUGGCAAAGUGAUUUAUUUCCCCUGUGUAGCUGCUGUGUUUCUCCCCCAGUGAUUAGAUUUGGAAACUGCCAGUCUGCAGUGUAUUCAUACUGUUUAAUUACUAGUAUGGGAAGAAGGAGGUUGGAAGAGGCCAUUCUAAUUGCUUAACUAACUGUUCAGGGCAAACUUACAAUGAGCCUGGGAUUCAGCUUAUCGGCCCCAGCGGAUUUCAUGCUGCUCAUUGGCUUCUUUGGGCUGAUGCAAGAACUGGAAACGUUUUAAUGGCAGCCGCGUGGCCAUAGCCAAAUGUCCCUGAUAGGCCCAGUCUUUCCAGUGAAUAGAUAUUGGUGAUAGAUUAAUCUUUUACACAACUCAAUAUAGGUAAUUGUUGGUCGUGUUGUUCAGUUUUAUUUAUUUUAAUUUGUGCCCAAGUGUAAGUAAGGAUUUUAUGUAUUUUAUUUUACGGCUCCUGUCACCAUUUAGAGGUGUCUUUCAGAGGCCAAAGAUGCAACCGAGAACUUUCUGUGCCAGUCAUCUUAGCGCAAACGAGACUGCUUUGAUUAGAUAUAGUGAGUCGCAGUGUAGACUGAAAUUUCCAGAGGGUUUGUUAUUGGUUAUCCCAUCUUUCUGUGACCCUUCAUCUACAGACUGUCAUUUCCAGAACGCUGGUUAGAACAACAUUAUGUUCUUGUACAUGGUAGAGUGCAGAAAGGGGGAGCAUACAUAAUGACCCAUGUUUAAUUAAACCAGCGCCACUAACCUAUGGUUAUUAACAUCUUUGUUAUCAGCUAUCCAUGGUCCUGUGUCCUCAACCACCACUGUUUCAGAGGUACCAAGUCCUCGACUUGCUACUGUCUGUCUGUCCGUCCUCAGUCUUGCAUUCAUGAACAAUAAAUCACCAGCAGAAGAGGGGGCUGUCUGCCAUGUACGGUCAGUUGGCAAAUAUAGGAGUCACCCGUCAAUGCUACGAGGUCAAAACGUAUACUUCAGUGGCCUGCGGAACCUGGGUGUAUAUAUAUAAAAUGUAUAUACUUUUGUGGAUCUACGGAACCUGGGUAUAUAUAAAAUGUAUAUACUUUUGUGGAUCUACGGAACCUGGGUAUAUAUAAAAUGUAUAAACUGUUGUAGAACUACCUUGAAGCUGGCAAGUCAUCAUGGGAGCUGUAGUUCUAGAACAGUGAUAUAGCCAUUUUCCCCUCUUUGAUGUGUAGUGCAUUAUUCAGUUACAUCCAGGUAAUCGGAGGGUUAAUUUCUCUUUGUGUUGGAGCAGUGGGCAGUGAGUAGUUCCCCUCUAGCACAUUGAUGCAUUUAGCAAUAGAGCUGAAUAAUACCUUCUGUGCCCCCUCGGGGUUAAAUGGGAGGAUGCUGUUUCAUUGUAAUGUAAUUUUAAGGCUUCUGUUGUAAUGAGUAAGUGAAAUGCUAGACCUUUUUGAUGCUAAACCUUCAGGCGCAUACCUCUCUCUGUUCCAAGUAGCCAAAGAAGGGGCCCUUUUGUUUUAUGGGGUGUGGUGAGGGGACACGGGACUAUUUCAGGAAUUUGGUUCUUUAGAGGAGACUAAUUUAUUAGCACAUUUAAAGCAGUUUUUACACACUUUACCAUGUGGUUUAUUGCAUUCUGGGGUUCUCUUACACCCCACGCACAUUACUGGGCUCUUAGAAAUAGGCCGCGCUUUGUACAGCGCUGCAGAGUAUGUAGGUGCUUUAAUACACUGGACAGUUAAGAGCUUCACAGCAUCUGAUAUCUUAUUUUGGAUAGUGUGUAUAUGUGUGUAUGUAUAUAUAUAUAUAUAUAUGUAUAUGUAUGUAUAUGUGUAUGUAUGUAUAUAUAUAUAUAUAUAUAUAUAUAUAUAUAUUUCAUUUUAAAUAACCUCUUGUAAGUUUGAGAAGAAAAUGAAGCCACCUUAACACAGUGUUUAAAUAUUGUAUUUGUAAAACACUGAUUUCAUUGUUCUGAACAAACACAUCUGCUGAUUGUGUACCUAGUGGCGUGGCCACUCUCGUUGUGUAUUUUUUUUUUACAACCGUCCUAUCUGUUUCAGUGUAACUUUCAGGGUGUUAGUCUAAAACAGAGGCCUGCUUUUUAAUGUAACGGGGCUGUUUUGAUUUUGACAAGUUGAUUAAUAAUGAUCUAAAGGGAUCUUUGGUCUUAUUUGUUUAGAGAUUUAUUUUAAGUAAAUGUAUGUAACUCUAAGCUUGUCUGAGUAGGGGUGGCAUCACCUCUUCUUCCUGUAUGUCAAAACUCUUGUUGCAAUCAAUUGUUAUAAGCAUUCCUCUUGACCCGUUGUUCUGCACUUCCGCAUACGUUACCCCUUUUAUUAUGAAAUCAUAAACUCUGCUAAGUGUAAUCAUAGAAAAUUGGAAUAGAAGGGAUUUGGCUGGAAUAGAGCCACCCCGUUUUUAAAUUAAAACCCAGGGAGUUCAGUAAAUGAGGGAUGUGCUGGAUUACUGAGGCUGAUUAACAGGAUUAAGGGGGAGAGAUGAGAUUUGGGGCGUGGGGUGGUGGUGGGGAGUUCUUGUACUAUUUUUUUUUUUAUUUGUUUCUCAGUUUAACAUACUGUAUGAUGAACACAGAAUAGGAUUUGUACGUUUCCUGUAGUGAGGCUGCAUGAAGUUACAAUUGGCGAAGAUCUGUUUAAUCCCUUUAAGAAGGCCGUGCUGUUUUCCCCUCUGCUGUUUUAAGGGAUAGUCUGCAGUACAGUAACCAUUUGUGCAAAUGAUUGCAAACCUUCUCACUCAGUCUGCCAAAUGGCUGGCUGUGCAUCCUGGGAAAUGUAUUACUCCAUCCUUUCUUGGUCAGUAAACUGAAUACCGUUAGUUGGGCAAUUACUUGUAGCCCCAUGCAAAGCUAAAUAUUCUUUCCCUAGUUAAAUACUCCUAUAUUAUGACAUGGAUUUCCUUGGAUUUAAAGGUUUAUAUUUGGCGCACGUAACCUUUUCCAAGGGAUGUUUAAUAUCCUGAUCGCCUCUCGGUGUGUAAACAGCCGAGGAUUGUUAGGAGGGCCUGCAUCCUGUGAGAUUUAAAGAAUGGUGCAGUUUGUACAUGAACAAUUUAACAAACAAAUCCUUAAACUAGCAAGAGUGUUAAAAUGUUUUCCUGCUACUGGAACCUGCUUUCUACGGAAAGAAAGGGAACCAUUACAGUGUGACCCCUAAACACAGACUUCUGAUCGUUUAUACCCCCAUUUCAUUUCAGCGUUCUGAUUGCCUUGUCAUUGCCAUCUACAAAAUGAGUAAUCUCCUUUCACAUAAAAGGACAUUUAAAUCUGAAAUGAAAACCUAGUAUUCACUCCUGUUACAUUUUUUAAAUAUAAUUUAUCUUACUUUUGUAAUUUAUGAAAACUCACGUGGCAUGACAGAUUGCCCUUCCCGUGAUUUUGGGCUACAAUGAAAUUGUCACAGCAUGCACCGAUUCUUAUAUUUUUAAAUAAAACUGUCUCUCCCCACCACAUAUCCACUUAAACAAGCAAAUACAUGGAGAAUGUAGAUCAGAAUCACUGGAAUAAUUUUGUAUUAAAUUCUCUAUAUGUACAUCAGUUAUGUGAGAGUAAUAAUUUUGUAUUUAAGAAAGAAAUGUGGUUAAAAAUGAAAAGCAUACAUGAAAAUUGUAAUGACUGACGUGUAAUGAUUAAUUUCAUGUCUGAGAUUUGAAAAAUAUUAGCAAAAACAACUGUUUUCAAUCAGGAUUUUUCUCUCUGAAGAAAAUUAAAACGGUUUAUUUUUUUCAUCUCUGAGUAAUGUAUUGGUAAAGACGUCUUUCAGUUUAAUAUGAGCUGUGAUGCCUGUAUUGGGCCGUAUUAGGGAGUCUGUGUUGUCUGUUUGCAAAUUGGGCAAUUUUAUCUCUAAAGACCCAGCGACAUGGAUUGCAAGCUCUAUUUCCAGUGACCUUUUGUUUUGUUUUUAUAAGUGCAUUUCUCAAUGUUAAGGGUUCGGGAUCCAAGCUUGGCUAUGUGAAAAGUGGGGGUUGGGAAAGCCGAUAGGAAUGGCAUGGCAUCUGCAUAAGUGAACACUGCACAGGAGGGGAUAGAAGGAUGUAUUGUUCCUUAACUCUAUUUCUGCUGGAACAGAUGGGAAGCGAAGGGGUCCUUGCUGCAUGAGAUUAAGAACUGGACAGGGGCGCUCAUGGCUGAUUUGAGGUUAACAGGACUGGAAAGAAACUCAUGGCUUUUUGCACAAGGUGUCUCGGGUGAGGAGCAGAUGGUAAGGAGAGGCGUCACUCAGCUUACUCAGCUGCUCAGGGAAGCUUAGAGGCCUCCUCCGGCAUAAACAAGUCGACCAGCAUCUUGUGAGUUUAAUGCAGAGUAAUGGACAAGCUCGCUGUAUAAAAUCUCCCCCUUUCAGCUCCUAUAUCGCCAUCUGAUGGCUCACAGGUUAGCAGUUUGACAGCAAUCUACUGGGCCAACCUUACAGUAUGAAAUAAUCUUGCCACAAUUAGUCUAUCUCAGACUGUUUUAAUAAAAACUCUUAAUAGAUGUAAUCAGCGUUGGUGUUAUCCAAAAGAGCACAACGAUUUGUGUGACUGCUACUUUUCAUACAAAAAAGGCCUGCACAUACACUUUACAAAGAAGCUGGCUGGGGUGGCCAGAGGUAAAUCCUAACCCGAAUUAUGCUUAAUGUUAUGCUUUAGUAGCCCAAUCAGAGAUGUAACUCCACAACUUUUAGAGAUCUACUUUUUGCCACCUUUGUCUUGGGGCCUUUCGAACAACUUUCCAGAUAAGAAAUGAGACUCACCAAAGGUUUUAACCUGGCAGAUCCCCCUCCACCAACCUUAUCGGGUUUCUAUGCUUGGCCUGCUCUGCUACCGUUGUCAUCAAAAAAUUGCUUUGAAGUAAAGUAAAGUACACGUUUUCAUGGGAUGAACUGAUCUAAAGGCAUCUCUAUAUGUUCUUUAGUCUAAUCUCAGAAUGAAAGCCUGAAAUUGAUUAAUUUCUCCCAAAGCCUCCAGCUAGUUUCAAGGGAUGCCAAACAGAAAGCUUUUGUCAGAGCUUUGCCUGAAGGAAGGACAGAAGCGAAUGGCCUCUUUAGGCCCAGUGGUUUGCUUGGAUUUUGGGUUUAUCUUGUUUAAUUAUUCUAUUGCAAAAUAUUUAAGCUUUAAAUUGACUCAUACAGCAGGAUAAAGCUGGUAACUAGGAAGCAGCAUGUCCUUGAUUAUGCAAAACAAAAAACGGUCAUUAAUUACUGCAGUUGCCCAGAGGUUUUAGGUCAUUUACCUUCCCAACAUAAUUGACAGGGUUUUAUGAGUACACAGAUGGUAAUAUGUACAGAGGGCGUAUAGAGACCAGGACAGGAGUUGGCUAGCUUGGGUCCUGCAGCCUAAUUUACCCAACUCUUAUGAUCCUCAGGCAAGAGAUCAUAUGAGGAUCCCGGCUUUCUGCAACUAGUCAUGGGCUUUCGUUCUGAAAAAAAUAUUUACUAUUGUUGGUAACUUUACAAACAAUAAUCACUAUAACCACUGUGGCAAAGUCAAAUUAUUUAAGGAGUGGUGUCCUUGUAAAAAUCACACAAUCAGCUUGGGACUUCAUAUGAGGAACCGUACACAUUACUACAGCAAAUUGUGAAUUAAUUUAUUUAGCUGCCCAUAUAGACCGUAAGCUGUAGUGGUUAUGGUGCUUGGCGCAUUGCUCAAAUCUCAGUCUCUUUACCAACGUUGGUUGAGGGCGAUUUUGUUUCAUCAGGCCAAUUCAGUGGUAUUCCCGCACGUAUGCCCAGAUUUCUUAUCUUCUAUCUUAUUAUAUAUUUCAUGCAGUAAAUGCUGCUGUAAGUUACAGUACAGAGUCUUAGUGACGUAUCUGAUGAUAUCCUCCCAGGAUUUAUACUAAGGAUGGCUAAUCGUGGUGCUUCGUUUCUCAUCAUGCUCUCACAACCUUUUAUUAAGAAAGGGCAUUUCCACAAAAACAUCAUCCGAGGGGAGUGAAACUCAUUGUGGUGGGUGACGAUUUCAUGUGGUAUUUGGAGACUAGGAAAAUCCAAAACAGGCUUGCUCCCUUUCCCCACGGUUAUUGCUGGGAAUGCUGACAUUCUUUCUAUGUCUCUCCAAAAUGUAGGCAACUGAUAUGUUUAGUUAAUGCUUCUUAAUUAAGCUCUGACCGGAGUCUGAACUGAAUGUGUAUAUCCAAUCCAUUGCACGCUGUGUGUAGUCUGUGACUCAGGACAUAUUCUAGGCUCUGUGUAAACAGAGGAUCCUCACCGACUAUAUCUUCCAGACCUCUAACUAGGUAACAGCCCAAAACACCACUUCCGUUGGUGAGACGACUGUAUUUACUAAACUAUGGGUGAUGUUUAUAUGACUGGGCGAUAAACGUAGCCCAAAAUAGUGGAGUAUGAACAAGUCUAAACUUUUUUAAUUGGUCAUUCAUUAGCAUAGAAAAUAAAUCAAUAAAAAUGAUUAAAGUGUCAUCAGAACUUUUGAAUCAUUAUUUUUUUUUAAAUUUUAUUAUUUAUAUAGCGCCAGCAAAAUUCCAUAGCUCUAUACGAUGGGUAGACUAACGCACGUAAUUGUAACCAGACAAAUGGACGCACAGGAACAGAGGGGUUACAUGCUCAUGGUUUUAUUUUUGUAAUGUUUUUAAAAUGUCAGAUAACUGUACCCAUCUAUAUGGGAAGUUCAUUAAGUAAACACGUUUGCUCUCCGACACAAAGUCUAAUAAGGGGCAAUUGGCCUGGAUGUAAUACUUCAAUAAGCUUUUUUAAAUAUUAAUUUGUUAUUAAUAUAGUGGUAUAAUUGAUCUAUGUAGGCUUUCAAUAUAUUAUUCUGCACAAUCCCAUAUAACUUGCUUGCAUUUGGUAGCUAAGUAGUCAAAGUGUUAAUGGAAGGCUGCUAUUAGUCUGUUCAGUAUCCGCAUUGAAUGGGAAUCAGAGAAUGGCCUGUAUUACGCUGCCUUACUCAGCCAUAAACCCAUGGCUAAAUGAUAUACAGGCCUUUCUUCUUCCCUACUGACAGAUUUAUUUAAUAUCCGCCUUGUGUUUCCAUUGAGAUUUCAGAUGGGGAAGAGGCAAAGGCUCAUUCAGUAUUAGAAAGGAUUUCAAACAUGAAAGAUUUCUAGCCUUGCCGAAAAGCAUUUGAUUUUGACUUCUUGUGGCCACAGACCAGAAUGGGGAACUCUUUACCAUGUGUUCUUUGUAUCUGAUUACUUCAUUGCCAAAUGGUAUCACUUACUCUCACAUUGAUCAUUUCUUCAAAACAUAUUGUAGUUAGCAGUAUGUUAAGAUGUGCAUGCUGCACUGCUAUGCAUGGUAACCGGGCUCAGAGAACCUGGCCAGGAUAGGCCAAGGCCCCCGGGCUUUGCACCAGGCAGGCGAAUGGCUCAUUGCUGUGUUCAUCUCCAUCGGAGAUGGGGUUAUGCAAAAUUCGUUUUGCCUUUAGGCAGCUUCUAAAUAUAGUACUUCGGUGUACUCCUUGCUAACCGCCACAGCUGGGAUACAUAGUCUGUCAUUUGGAAAAACUAAAAUGGGGCUUGGAGCCUGUUUUCCUGCAUGCAUUUACUGUAUAUCAUUAUAUAUGGAUCGUUCUCACAAAGUAUUUGCUACACUGGGGUAUAUUUACUCCAUCACCCAUGACUAUACAUGGAAAAUCAAGUCUUCUACUAUUUUAUUACACGUUCUUUUCUCUAAGAGGCAGAAUGGCCUAUACGAUGCUGUGUACUAAAUCUUUAUUUACAAGGACAGUAACACUGAUCUACACCAACUGUAAUACUUGUACUGGACCUGUGCCUUUCUAUCCAAGACCUGUAAUAUAUCGCUUACACAAAGAUAUUAAAUGUCCAAAUCUAAUGUUAAGACACUGCCCCUGCAGUGUUAUUUUUAUGGCCUGGAUUUGCUGUUUUUUUGUGAAAGCCAAUCCCAGUGCUAAACGUAUUAACUUGUCAUUAACCUGUGAUUGAGUUGUCUUCCUUUUGCCAUUCUAGUAAUUUCAUUGGACACGUUUUGAAGCAAGAUAAUACAGCUUUAGCCGUAUUAACAUGAUAACUCCCCUUCCAGUAUCACAGAACAUAGGAAUGCUUUGUGUUAAACAGAUCUAUUUUGUUUUAACCCUGUUCUGUUGUGAGCAUGCUUGGAGCACUCCAAUGUUCUUUAUAUUCUACAUGUGUAUAUAAUAUUACAGCAUUAUCAACCACCUUUUUGGGGUGGAGGCACUGUAGCAGCACGUUAGAACCUUCAUUGGUACAGGGACAUUUUCCCAGGGUUUUGUGGGUAAUCUGAUCCUUUGGAAAGACAUCAUCUGAGAUUGGUGUUUUUAUAUUUACCUUUAACUAUGUACAAACUAGCUGGCGUGCGUUAGCUGGGGAAGAAAGGGUGUGACGCUGGCGUUAUUGGCAACUAAAUGUGGAAGCAGUUUGAGUGUUUGGCCCUUCAUCUCCACUUUUACGGGUAGUCUGGGCAGCAUGCGUUGUGUUAUCCACCCGAAGUGUUGCCAGAUGCUUGUUACAAGCAUGUUCCCCCUUCUUAUUCCAUUUUGAUUUGUUAAACAGCUUUCUUAGUCUAUGGGAAGUAGCGAUGUUCUGAGUAAUGUGAGCCCUCUGUAAUCUGAGCUUAUCUAUUGGUCACGAGAUGACCUACGAGUCACACUAGCCAAUAGGAAGCUUUUUUCUGACGCAGAAUCUCAUCAAGAGAGGGAAUGUUAACCUUUUUCAAUUUAGAUACUCCUCACCCGUUAACAUAAGGAAAUGAUGAUUGGUCUUUAUCUCCUAGAUCAGGGGUAGGCAACCUUCAGCACUCCAAAUGUUGUGGACUACAUCCACCAUAAUGCUCUUACACCCAUAAUGCUGGCAAAGCAUCAUGUGAGGUGUAGUCCAAAACAUCUGCAGUGCCGAAGGUUGCCUAUGCCGGUCCUAGAUAUAAACAGAAAGCAGUAGGAGGGCAUUAUUGCAGUGAAGCAGUAGGUGGGGCAGUAUUGCAGUGAAGCAGUAGGUGGGGCAGUAUUGCAGUGAAGCAGUAGGAGGGCAUUAUUGCAGUGAAGCAGUAGGUGGGGCAUUAUUGCAGUGAAGCAGUAGGUGGGGCAUUAUUGCAGUGAAGCAGUAGGUGGGGCAUUAUUGCAGUGAAGCAGUAGGUGGGCGGUGUUGCAGUGAAGCAGUAGGUGGGCGGUGUUGCAGUGAAGCAGUAGGUGGGCGGUGUUGCAGUGAAGCAGUAGGUGGGCGGUGUUGCAGUGAAGCAGUAGGUGGGCGGUGUUGCAGUGAGGUGCAGUUAGGUGGGCGGUGUAGCAGUGAGGUGCAGUUAGGUGGGCAGUUUUUCAGUGAAGCAAUGGGUGGAUAUAUUACAGUGCACUGAUGGAGUAGGUUCCCAAUGUUGCAGUGCAGUGAACCAGAAGGUGGGCAGUAUUGCUAUGAUGUGCAGUUAGGUGGGCGGUGUAGCAAUGAGGUGCAGUUAGGUGGGCGGUGUUGCAGUUAGGUGGGCAGUUUUUCAGUGGGAUGCUCUGUGUGUGUCUGCGUAUUGGCAAUCUCAUUACUGGGCAGAUUUGCUCCCAUGCAUUGUGGCAGCCAGUUUGGGGGUAAGUGCGGGAUGUUUAGUGAUAUGUUUUCAUUUUUACAUUUAAGUUAGUAUUGUGUAUCGAUUAAAUGAAUAUACCUACCUACCUUGUAAACAUCCUGUAACUUGUCUAACCAAAUCCUUAACAUUUUAUAUCGUGAAAUAUUCACAAAUACACCAGUUUAGAUCUAAUGACUCCAGGUAGCUGAAUAAAGAAUAUUUGCCCUUAUGGUUUGGACAGUAUGAGAAAACACAGAGUAAAAGGGGGGAUUCUUUGUGCUGAGUUGUGAUUUACUAUUAAUUCUGUUUAUAGUAUCCGUUUGUAUUAAGCCUUCUGUUUUUUUUGGGUUUUUUUUGCAGGCUUCCAUUUAAGCGGCACUGUCAUGGAACCUGCGACUCAGUCAGAGCCGGAAGUCACCUACAAAGUCGCCAUAAGUUUUGAUCGUUGCAAGAUCACCUCAGUGACCUGUGGUUGUGGUAAUAGAGAUAUUUUCUACUGUGCCCAUGUUGUAGCGCUCUCGCUGUAUCGCAUCCGCAAGCCGGACCAGGUGAAACUGCGUCUUCCUAUCUCAGAGACCCUCUUCCAGAUGAAUCGGGACCAGCUACAAAAGUUUGUGCAGUACCUGAUUACUGCACAUCACACAGAAGUGCUUCCUACAGCCCAGAAGUUGGCUGACGAGAUUCUAUCCUCCAACUCUGAAAUAAACCAAGUGCACGGUAAUUUUCCUAUUCAGCUGAUCAACGUAGCCUCUUCAUGCUAUGUACUUUAUUUCAAAUCACAUUUUAGAAUGUUUAUUUUUGGUCGUACAGCAAAUUAUUUAAAUUGACUUGGUCUUUUAAAGCUUUUCAAUAUAAAAUCUUUAUAAAAAGUUUAAAAUGGGUUUAAGUGAAAUUGUGCUUCCAACGCUGUCAAAAGAUAUAAGACAAAGUAAGGGCCUACAGACAUCAGGUUUUGCUACUUCCCACAGGUGUCACUAACAUUGCGAGAUAAUAUCCAGUCUCAUGGGAUUCUUAGACAUUAGUGUUGUACUCUCGUGCAUGUACGAUAGUACAGUAUUCUUGUGGGCUCCUGGAGGAUGUUUGCCAGGAGCUGAAGAACAAAGAUGGUGGCCGUGGCUUCUACAAUGUUGCCUUGGGGAGUGGUGCAGACUCCACAAGGUGACAGAGUGACUUUAAAGACCUGCUUAUGUGAGUUUACAUGCGUGUAGCAUAGCUAAAUUUAAGGCACAACCCUAUUUUCCAUUCCUCUUGCCUGCUUUACCAGUCAUGCUUUCUGUGUAAAUAAAAUUCAAAGUGGCGGCUCAUUUCAGGAAGCUGAUGUUUAUUAGUCUGACAGUGUACAUUCUAGGCUUUUAGAGUGAUAUUCUCACUCACAGACUGACUGCUUUUCCUUGAGCAAAAUUUCUAAUCCUGACAUUUUGCACAUGAAGUUAUAAAUCAGUAUGUUUUGUGUGUGGAUUAAGCGGUUACAUAUAGUGUACUUUAUUAUGUGCUUUUACCAGCCCAGAAGAUACUGAGAUAGCGAUGUAAACAAAAAUCCAUUAAAACAACCCCUUUUCUCUCUACCAUUCUCCACACAAUGUAUCUUAUUUGAUGGUGUUGAAGCAGCUGCUCAGGUGUUGCCUAUCCACGAUGUGCAUCAUUAAAAAUGUCAUAUUUGUCAGUUUUUGUAAAUGUUUGAUUCUUUGUCUUUCCCGUUUAGGAGCACCUGAUCCCACCGCAGGAGCAAGUAUCAAUGAUGAGAAUUGCUGGCAUCUGGAUGAGGAGCAGGUCAGAGAGCAAGUGAAAUUAUUCCUGUCUCAGGGAGGUUAUUAUAGCUCUGGGAAGCAGCUUAACUCCAUGUUUGCCAAGGUGAGAUUUUGUGUGUGUGUUUGUGUGUGUCAGGACUCAAUAUUUUCGUUAGCAAUUGGUGAGAGAGCUAGAUUUCAGUAAGGCUUUUGACACUGUUGCACAUAGAAGGCUUAUCAGUAAACUGCAAUCUUUAAGUCUGGAUUCCAAUAUUGUUGAAUGGGUAAGGCAGUGGCUGAGUGACAGGCAACAGAGGGUUGUAGUCAGUGGAGUAUAUUCAAAGCUUGGGCUUGUCCCCAGUGGGGACCCAUUCUCUUUAAUAUUUUUAUAAGAUAUGUAACAGGGUUGAUGUUCCAUGAGGAAAAAGCCAAAUGGCAAAUGAUUUAGGUAAACUAGAAAAGCGGUCAGAGUUGUGGCAACUGACAUUUAAUGUGGAUAAGUGCAAGAUAAUGCAUCUUGGAUGUAAAAGCCAGAGGGCAGAGUACAGAAUAUUUGAUAGUCCUAAUAGUCGCAUCUUAAAUUAAGGGAUUUAGGGGUUAUUAUUUCUGAUAACUUAAAGGUAGACAGACAAUGUAAUAGAGCAGCAGGAAAUGAUAGCAGAAUGCUUGGUUGUAUAGGGAGAGGUAUUAGCAGUGGGAAAUGCUCAUGCCAUUGUACAUAACACUGGUGAGACCUUACUUGGAGUAUUGUAUGUAGUACUGGAGGCCGUAUCUCCAGAAGGGUAUUGAUACUUUAGAGAGCGUUCAGAGAAGGGCUACUAAACUGGUUCAUGGAUUGCGGGAUAAAACUUACCAGGAAAGGUUAAAGGAACUUAACAUGUAUAGCUUGGAGGAAAGAUGAGACAGGGGGGACAUGAUAGAAACAUUUAAAUACAUAAAGGGAAUCAACACAAUAAAGGAGACUAUAUUUAAAAGAAGAAAAACUACCACAAUAAGAGGACAAUAGUCUUAAAUUAGAGGGGCAAAGGUUUAAAAUAAUAUCAGGAAAUAUUACUUUACUGAGAGGGUAGUGGAUGCAUGGAAUAGCCUUCCAGCUGAAGUGGUAGAGGUUAACACAGUAAAGGAGUUUAAGCAUGCGUGGGAUAGGCAUAAGGCUAUCCUAACUAUAAGAUAAGGCCCAGGGACUAAUGAAAGUAUUUAGAAAAUUCGGCAGUUUAGAUGGGCCGAAUGGUUCUUAUCUGCCGUCACAUUCUAUGGUUCUAUGAGCGAAAAUGUAUUCCUUAGCAGAACUUUACCCAUGAAGGGUCAACUAUGCAGUGCCGAGUAACUUUUAAAGCCCGACUAGUAGCAUAACACUUCAAUGUUAAGACUGCUGUAUAUUAUAAAGUGCCAAAAUAUUCCAUAGUGAUGUACAAUGGGUAAAAUAAGCUUCUGAUGAACUAAUCGUGCAGAGUAUUGAAAAUGCUUUGCUAUGGGGAUUUUCAGCGUGAGGACAUCCAGCGACGCUAUAGCACAGAAAACCUGUGCUAUGAAUCAGGAAGUGCCCACUAGAGGAGGAGUUAACCCUGCAAGGUAAUAAUUGCAGUUUAUAAAAACUGCAAUAAUUACAAUUGCAGGGUUAAGGGUAGUGGAAGUUGGUACCCAGACCACUCCAAUGGGCAGAAGUGGUCUGGGUGCCUGGCGUGUCCCUUUAAGUAUAACUAUCCUAUACCUGCCCGCAAGCUUUUAAGUAAAUGUUAAGUGAAUGUAGAAUUGCAAACUUUCCUCAGGUACGGGAGAUGCUGCGCAUGAGAGACUCCAAUGGCGCCCGAAUGCUGACCUUGAUCACAGAGCAAUUUAUGGCCGACCCUCGGUUGGCCCUGUGGAGGCAGCAGGGAACCAGCAUGACUGAUAAAUGUCGGCAGCUCUGGGAUGAGCUAGGUGAGUGGAUGUGAAUCUUGUACCCAGAAUUAACAGGGCUUACUGAAAGUAUAUUUGAAACACCAAAAUGGAAACUGUAGCUUAUAAAGGUUACUGGACUCAAGUUGCAAUGAAAAUACCGUUAUUUGCAUCUCUUGCAUGCAAUUGAGCAUCCGUUUAGCUCUUGACAGGUUAAUUUGUUUUUGAAAUCUUUUUUUGUACAUGCAGAUUAUACUUUCACUGGAGGCAUUCUUUGAUUAUUAUUAAUAGGUAUUAGAAUUAUAAGAUACUUUAGAAGCAUUAUGACACUUGCAUCACCUGCCUCUUGGGCUUUGCUUCUGUCAGGGUUACUGUCUCAAAGGAUGGCGUUUACCCUCUUGUGUUAAUCUAGUAGCUAAUAUUGCGCCUCAUUAAGUAAUUAAUUAUUUCUAUCUACUAAUAGCCAUACAUAAUAUUGCGGAGUGCACUGUAGAUUCAUAGUUGAGGAUUAUGUGUCACACAGCUGGCCAGCAAGCAAGUAACAGUGGACAACUGGCUGCGGGUUGCACAAAUAAUUUGCAAACAAAACUUGUUUUCAGUGUGACACCCCAUCUUCCUGUGCACACGAUUUUAUAACUGUGUUAUGAUUGUCCCAUGCAGGGGCCCUGUGGGUCUGCAUCGUGCUGAACCCUCACUGCAAACACGAUGAGAAAGCCAGCUGGCUCCGGCAGCUCAAGAAGUGGGGCGACAUGGACGUGUGUCCAUUGGAAGAUGGCAAUUAUGGCAACGAUCUUCCGAAUAUCACCAAUGCGCUCCCUCAAAGCAAUGGCUAUGGUAAGUUAGCUGUGGCAGUAUCUGGGUGCUGAAGGAGGAGAGAGUGCUUCAAAAAACAGAAUAAACACCCAAACUUUCAACAACAGUUAACAGAGGAAUACGUUUUGUGGUAUUGGCAGUAUAUUACAGAUGGAAUUGAUUUUGUCAGUUUGCAUUACUCAUCGUUGCUGACAAAUGUUGGCACUCUGGCUGCCACAAUCGAGCUUUCACCGCGUUGUCUGACAUUGACUGGCAAACCUUUAUUUUGUUUUUGAGUGCCGAGGAGCUUUUAAACUUGUUGACUUUAUGAUGAACCUAUGAUUGAGGGCUUACUUGUCAUCAUUGAUGCUGUCUUUUUCAUCUUUUGAUAACGUGUAACAGUUAUUUGAGCAUUUCGUCUUGAUGAACCUCUUCAAAUUUUUAUUUUGACCUGUGGAGUCUCCCCCUCCUCCUGAUCAUUUGAUGAGCUGUAUAAAUCAGGCUGGGUCUCUGUUAGGUGCACUUGUCCUGAUUGCCCUGCAUGCUAUGCUCCUCCUAGGAGGACAGAAGCUUGAUUAAAGCUCUGUAUUUACCCCCCUGCAGCAAUGACACAAUGGUGCUCUGUUUUGCAAAGACAAACAGUUUAACCCCUUGAGUGUAUCUAUGCUUUUAGGCAUUGCACAAGCCUGUGUCACUGAAUAGGUUAAACAUUUCAUUAGGUAUUUUUUUCUUUCCAAGAGUUUUUCUGAAUUGUCCUUUAUGCUGAGCUCAAGAAUUCCUUUAACUUCUCUUGGAGAAUUAAAAAUGUACCUUCCUUUGUAUUUAUAGGACAGUAAGCCAUGCAAGCAAAACCCAGAAUCCAUAACUAAAGAGGCAUGAAAGUAUUACAAAGGGGGUCUAGGUCUAUUUGCAUGCCAGAUUAUGUAAUUUCUGGUUGAAAAUGUUUCCAAUGUAUUUUAUUAGCAAAGACACUUUAAGCAAGUUUUAUUCCCCCUCUCCUUUUAGAUUCUUUAGUGCGGCCUCGAAGGACUGUUUUCACACGGGCGAUUGAGGGCUGUGACCUUCACUGGCAGGACAGUCACUUGCAGAGAAUAAUAAGCAGUGACUUCUACGUUUCCCCUUCCUACCAGAGGGAUGGUGAGAGCCUCCUUUUCAAUGCUCAAGGCCAGCCGCUGUGGCUAGGUAUGUUCCAUGUGAUGUGAAUGUAGUAUGUGUACAUGUAAUGUUAAAUCUUCGUUAGUGCACGGGAUAAAUGUAACCGAUGUAUAGAUUUUUAAUGUACUUUAUGAACUGUUGUUCCUUUACCCAUUUCUGUCACUUCUACAGCAUAUUCUGCAUAGACCAUCUUCCAAAAAACUGAGUGAUGGGGAAAGUAGGAGAACCCUCCUAUAGGUGAUUCUCCUGCUCUGUCACAUAUAUUUCCCCAGCAAGCGUGAGAAACACUUUCUUUGCUGAUCUAGGAAUGAGUUGAGUAAUGUGCUAGCAGUGAAUCCACUAUGUCAGCAUUAUCAGAUAGGAAUGCCCUGUUUGAGAAUGGGCCAAUCAUUCUGCAGAGCGGGAGGGUUUGUGUUACUUUGUGAAACACCCAUGGACCCUUCAGGAAUAGCGGUGCCAGAGUAAGGGGCAGCAAGUAGGCAAGUCUAGAACAAAUCCUAAAGCAAUAAAAUGGUUUUUGAUAAAUAUUUGUUGCUUUAUAAACUCCUGUGAUAAACCAUCUCUUCUUCUGCAUGUUAUAUCUUUAGAACACGUGCCCACAGCAUGUGCAAGAGUGGACGCCCUGCGAUCUCAUGGUUACCCCAAAGAAGCGUUGCGUUUAGCAGUUGCCAUUAUAAGCACCCUAAGGCUACAGCAACAGCGACAGCUGGAGAUAUACAAGCAACAAAAAAAAGGUACUUUUCAAAACAGUUGCUUUUUGUAGUGUUUCAUUUAUGACCUUCAUUUUUUAAUAUAUUGUUUUGACUGCCUGUAAAUGACAGGCCCUUUUUGAUGUGACUGACCUUAAGUAGCCAGUGGGUUAUGGGCCAUAUGGCUCAGUAUUUCACGCAACAUAAAAAUGGUGAAAAUUUUUGGUAAGAAAAUUGAAAAUAACAUACAGGGAACUUCUGAUCUCAUCAUGACACUGAAUCUGACAGAAGUGGAAAUUAGUUUUGUGGAGGGGUGGGGGGGUUGUGUCUAAAAUAUGCAAAGGACAAAUUAGAUGUCACAUUACUGUGAAAAACAAGUCAUUCAUCUGUUGCAUGUGACAAUUGUGAUCAUUUCUGUAACAUGUGGACAACCCUAAAUGGAGAGACGGAGCAAUCCCAGAAUUCCCUGCAACCUCUCUUCUUCCUGCUCCUUCCAUUGGACAUUCCCAGUAAUUAUUCGGCCUCCUUCGGAGUAGGUUGAAACAUUUGAAGCUCUUUAAGAGCUGCUGUAAACUGAUUACAUAGUUUUGGAGCAUUUCUAAUGAUUCUAAUGACCUUUCAUUCUUGUAGAGCUGAUCCAGAGAAAUUCCACUACAAUCACUAAUCUAGAGGGUUGGGUGGGACACCCUUUGGAUCCCAUCGGCUGCUUGUUCACUACUCUCACAGAGGCCUGCCGAGCAGACGAAGAAAAUGCAAUGGAAGCAUCCGGUAAGAACAAAUUCAUUUUUGCAAAGAAUAUAUUCACCAAUGUUUAGAGCCACCUCGCUGUCAUGUACCUUUCUUAGUAUAGCCUGUGUAUAAAUCAGCAGAAUUUAAAAGCUGACACUAAUUGAAUAUAAUACAAAUAAUCCUGCAUUGAAAUAAGCUCAUGUUCUUGGCACUUACACUAUAUCGUUAAAUAGUUACUGUAAGCACUGAAUACAGAAGUAGUGUUUAUUUUGCUAUUCGGCUGCAGGACUAUGUCCCCUGGUUUAAAGUCAGACUGUUUUUGAGCUGUUUGCCAAAACUAAGGGUUCCCUUUAGCAUUAGCAAUGGCAGAAGUUUUAUCCGGGUAAUUUCUUUCCUUUUCACUCAGAGAUUAGCGAGUCUCAGCAUCCGAUCUAUCAACAUGUCUGUGUACCAAACUCCUCCCCAGAGAAUGGUGAAUCCUAUCUGGCCCUGGCAUUGGAGGUAGCUUUAAUGGGCAUGGGCCAGCAGCGACUGAUGCCCGAAGGACUCUAUGCCCAGGACAAAGUGUGUCGCAAUGAGGAGCAAAUCAUUGGCAGGCUGCAAGAGCUUGACCUAGAUGCUGUGCUGGUGCAGACGCUUCGCAAGCAAUGCAUUCUUCUCCUGGAAGGUAAGGCGGUUACAUGCAUAAAACCAAUGUAUCUUAGUUCUAGAUAACGUGUUUGUUACCAUAACUCCAAUGAUUUAGUUUAGGUGUGAGGUAAACGUUAACUCACUUUUAUAUAUUUUGCAGCAAAGCUUAUGUUUGUCAAACGUUCACUCUGUUGGAAAGACCAUGCUGAGAGAAAGAAAUGCAAAAGAUGUUUAUUGUAAUUAAGGAAAUGGAGUUUUGUUGUCUGAUUUGAUGUUUCCUGUAUUCUAGGUGGUCCCUUCAGUGGUCUGGGAGAGGUCAUACACCGAGAGAGUGUACCAAUGCACAUGUUUGCCAAAUACCUAUUCUCUGCUCUGCUGCCUCACGAUGCAGACCUGGCCUAUAAACUAUCACUGCGAGCAAUGAGGUGCGUAUUGGUAUGAAUACAGAGCUCAACUCUGGAUAGAAAGCGGCAUUGUUUGCAGUCAGUUCAGAUAUACGGAACUAGAACAGGCUCAGACUUUUCACUUCUUUAAAGAUUAUAGCCCCAAGCUUGGUAGGCAACAUUUUCAUUAACAACACAUACAUAGGUAGACAUACACGGCAAACAAUCAAACAAACAUGCACAGUCAGGCAUUCAUACAAACAUGCACACGGAUACAUUUAUACUAACAAAACUAAAAUGUUACCAUUGGUGUAGCAAACUGUUCCUGUAUAUUUUGGGCUUCCUUUCCACUCCCAAGCUUUGUAUUCAGGCAGCACAUUAGAAGGUUGUGACAACAUUUCAUGUCCACUGGGCAUCGUCAAUCAGUUUGAUGUAAGGGAGUGAGUGGAGAAUGUUCUAUCUACCUCUACCUGCUCUCUUGGAGUCUUUGGGGAACUGUCAGUGAGAUAUUUUUCCUCUCUUCCAACUGUUUUCCAAGUAGUCUUCUAUCUGAAGUUAGUGUUAUUAAUGUUUGUGCUGUGAAAUUGUAUUGUAACAUGUACCCUACUGAUCUCAGACUAUUUUUAUUUGUUACUGUCCCAGGCUUCCCUUGUUGGAGAGCAAUGCGCCCUCCGGAGAUGGGUCACAUCCACAUCAUAUAGUGUCUGUGGUACCCAGCCGCUACCCUCGCUGGUUUACUUUAGGACAGCUGGAAUCACAGCAGUGUGACCUGGCUUCCACCAUGCUGACUGCAGCAAAAGGUGAGAGUAAGGGUUUUAUCAUUCUAGGACAACUGAACUAGCAAUGCCCUCUACAUUCUGUAACAAUCUCGUUUAUCUUAAACGUGGACUGUCCAUCCUAUUGCAGUGCUGCUAAUUUCCUGCAAGCAUCGUGGUAGCAAAGUGGAGCUCAUAACAUGGAGUCCUGAUAUUUUUAUUUUAUGCCUCUCGCUGUAAACUUCUGUUACUGCACUCUGCUCUGGAGAAGACAUGAUGACCAGAGGGAAUUAAUAUUAACAGCUGUCCUCUUACUUGCACCAUGCGUCGUUGUGUGUCACGCAUGUCAUUUGAGGGCUUUUAUGUGCAUGCACAAAGCAAUUUUCAUUUCAUUUUGCAGUUAUCUUUAAGGAGAUAUAUGUGAGCUUCACAUCUCUUCUCACUGAUACAUUUGCUGGAAUCUCUAUAGAUAAUGUGUGUGCUUUCCUGAAGAUGACCGAAAUUCACGUUUUCUUGGAUGAUCGAGUCUAUUUAAAAUGCAUGUAUUUAUCAUUGCUAAUGUUUCUCACUAUGCAUCGUAAUAAAUGUCAGGAAAGUGGUUUGUUUUUCCAUCUAGUACCACUGUUACAUUCUCUGGUUGUUCCCCUUUAGUAAUGAUCUUAGGUCAUCUCACACUGAGUGGUGUCUUUUCCUUGGUUGGUUUAACAGAUUAUGUUCUCACUGUGCUUUGUACAUCACACAGGUGACAUGCUGCGUCUUCGCACGGUGCUUGAAGCCAUUCAGAGGAAUAUCCACUCGUCCUCCCUUAUCUUUAAGCUGGCACAGGAUGCCUUUAAAAUUGCCACUCCAGCAGACAACAGCCCUGACACCACUCUGCUCAAUGUCGCACUGGAACUUGGCCUGCAGGUGAGAUCACACACACAGGGUCUGUUAGUAAAUCUGCUGCUUUGGGAGUGUUCUUAUCCUAUUCUUCUCAAGAAUUGUGGGAAUGCGUGUCUGGGUGUCACUGAGAAGAGCUGUCGGUUACAAUGUGCAGUAUGACUUUGCUUGCGGAGUGUGACUUCACCCACUCAGCCGUACAGAAUUUAAUGGAACACUCCAAGUGUCCUGGCUUUAUUCUGUAGCUGGCUGUAAUGGUUGUGGUGUGUGGAGUGUUCCUUUAAAACCACCUGGAAACAAGCUGAAAUAACAGACCAAUCAUAUAAAAUUUACAUGCAUACAAAGGCUGCUUGUUCAUGAAAAUACCACCCCUGUUAGGCACUCACCUAUCACCGGGCACAUGCCUCACAGUACAGGGAGUGUACAGGAAGUCAGUCUGUGUCAAUCACAUCACUGGUUUUCAGCUAAAAAAAUAAUUAUGUAAUAGUUUUUUUGCAUUUCCUCUUGAAAUCCACAUCCUGUGACCUCAAUACCUGUUGAAGCUACAGCAGGAAGUAAAAAGGAAAUUGCUAUUUUCUUCAAUGGAGCAAGCAGCAUGGCUGUGAGUUGUCUAAUAUACCAUGUUUUUCCUCUCUCCAGGUUAUGCGAAUGACUCUGAGCCCCCUGAAUUGGAGACGAAGAGAGAUGGUCAGAUGGCUCGUCACCUGUGCUACUGAAGUUGGUAUGUUAUCAUAUUUUCACAAAUAGCUUGCUGGGCCUAAUUGACGUUUCUAUAGAAAGUAGAAAUAAAUAGUAAGAAGAGCUCCAGAAGUGAUAUCGUUCGUUAUCACUAGUUGCUGAGACCAAUGUGGUGAGAGACAGACAUCCAGCUAGGCAUUCGUUAGUCGUGGCUUGUUCAGGUCUCUGCUUUGAGGUUUGAGGCAGCAUUUAUCAGGGGUUUGUGGGGAUCAGGCUGUGGACACUGAUUUAUUAACGCCAGGUGCACUAAAGUAGGACCAGCAAAUCCAAGACACCCAUAAUAGAAAGUAAGAAAAAUCCUCCGGCACUCAUUCAAAAAAAGAUGCAGCAACGUUUCGACCUACUAAGAGGUCUUUGUCAAGCUUGACAAAGACCUCUUAGUAGGUCAAAAUGUUGCUGCAUCUGUUUUUUGAUCCUAUAAAUCUGCCUUUGGAUUUAAUUUCGUGAGUGUAUGGAGAUUUUUCUUACUCCUAUUAUACUGCUUUAUCAAAUGUCAGCCAAUGUCUUCUAAUCAGGAAAAAUGUUUUAUCUCUUUCUCAGUGCAGUUUUAUCAUGGGUUAUGGAGAUAAUUCAAAACUUUCAUUUUAUAUCUGAAUCACCCAAAACAUUUUUAUUUAUUUCAGUAAUCAUUCCUAACCCUUAGCAGUGAUAUUGGGGUUUAGAAGAAUUGGCAUGAAUGUUUACUUUGUUUUAAUGAUGUCUUUUUAUCUCUAGGUGUACGGGCCUUGGUUAGUAUUCUACAAAGCUGGUAUACACUUUUCACCCCUACGGAGGCCACCAGCAUUGUGGCGGCAGCAGCCACGUCCCACAGCACUGUUCUAAGACUCAACCUGGACUAUGCCCAGAGAGAGGAACUGGCCAGCUGUGCCCGGACAUUGGCCUUGCAGUGUGCCAUGAAGGACCCCCAAAACUGCGCUCUCUCUGCCUUGACCCUGUGUGAAAAAGACCACACUGCAUUUGAAACUGCAUAUCAAAUUGCAGUAGAUGCAGCCUCAGGUGGCAUGACUUAUGCUCAGUUAUUUACCAUUGCCCGCUACAUGGAACACCGUGGCUACCCUCUGCGGGCUUUCAAACUCUGCUCACUGGCCAUGAACCACCUUAACCUGGCUUACAACCAGGACACACACCCAGCCAUUAAUGAUGUACUGUGGGCCUGCUCGCUGAGCCACUCUUUGGGAAAAAAUGAACUGGCAGCACUGGUACCACUAGUGGUAAAAAGUGUUCACUGUGCCACUGUACUAUCAGAUAUCCUUCGACGAUGUACUUUGACUGCACCAGGUCUAGCUGGCAUCCCAGGUCGGCGGAAUUCCGGCAAAUUGAUGUCAACAGAUAAGCCGCCCCUUCGUCAGCUGCUUGAUGCUGCCGUCGGUGCCUACAUUAACACCACUCACUCGCGGCUAACGCACAUUAGCCCUCGACACUACGGAGAAUUCAUUGAGUUUCUCAGUAAGGCCAGGGAGACCUUUCUGCUUGGACAGGAUGGCCUACUUCAGUUUGCCCAGUUCAUAGACAGUUUGAAACAGAUCUAUAAAGGCAAAAAGAAGCUGAUGAUGUUGGUGAGAGAACGCUUUGGGUGAGGCCACUCUCUCCAAUUCUUUUCCACUUCUCCGUUUCCAAACCACAUCUGUGAAGAGCUCCUGUCUGUGUACAUGUGUACAUAGGGCCUAAUAUUCAGGGCCUGAGCCAGGACUGUUAGGAAAAUAAAACAAUCCUCUUAAGUUGCAUGAGACCCACCAAGCAGUUCAUGCCUUCCCAGGGCAUUGCUUCCUCAGAAUGCAUGGAUUCAGCUCUAGUCCUUUCAGUGCUUGUGACAACUAGCAACUUCUGUCCAUAAUAUGAUUUAGAGUGUUCAUACAUGGCAAACUAUUGCUAGAGCUGUGAGGGGAGAUUUCUGGGUUUGAUUUAAGGUUGGUUGUGAAUAGUUCAUGAUCUGUGGAUUUAAUCUCCUUAAGUGUCUUAGUAGCAGGACACACUCUGCUUGGCAGGGAUGAGCUAUAGUUAAUUUGUAGCUGGUGCAUAUAAACUGUAUGUAUUGCCAAGGCAUGAAUAGGCAUAACUGAUGGGGGGAUAGAAUGUCAGAGGCUUUGGAUGUCUAAAUAGCUGGCCAGCAAUGGAUGAAAGCAAUGUAUUAAUUGGGCUCUUCCACUUGAAUAUAGUUCUAUUAUUACUCCAAAACAUUUCAGUUCUGUGUGCUGCUUGUGUCUUGGGCUCCACAAUGUUACAUUUUCAAAGUUAAAGGGAUUGUCUUGGUCAAAAAGGUCCCCAUAUUGUUCUGCAUUAUAUAGAUAAUGCAUUAAAAAUAAUGAAAAAUAGUAAACCAAAAAAUUAUACAUUCUGCUAAACACUUAUCCCAUAGACAUGGGCUCAGCACAGGCCUACAUGAAACCAUUAGGUUUGUUAUUUUCAAAUUUACAGUGCAGUGCCCAGAGUGUCGCUUUAAUAAUAAAAACCCACCCAGUAUAACUUUUUAACCUAACCUACACAGCGCACCUAAUGUGUGUGGGAGCCUGGAGUGUCCCUUUAAUAAUAUAAUCUCACCCAGUAUAACUGUAACCUAACCUACACAGUAUAUCUGUGUGUGGGAGCCUGGAGUGUCCCUUUAUAAUAUAAUCUCACCCAGUAUAACCUAACCUACACAGUGCAUCUAACGUAUGUGGGAGCCUGGAGUGUCCCUUUAAUAAUAUAAACCCACUCAGUAUAACUAACUGUAACCUAACCUACACAGUGCACCUAAUGUGUGUGGGAGCCUGGAGUGUCCUUUUAUAUAACCUAACCUACACAGUGCACCAACAAUCUGACCAAUAUAUACGGUUGAAAGCCUGAAUUGCCAGCUGUGAUGCCUUUUAAAAAAAAUUUAGACUGUUUACCUUUAAGAUAUGAUAUUUUGAAAUCUGAAUCCAUAUAUUGUUGGCAGUAUUGAGUAUUCGCUACAGAGGAAACACUAAAAAUUGAGCCGAUCACACUGUAAGUCAGUGUGUAGCUGGCUUGUUCGAUUAAUAAUUUGUCCACUUUGCAGCAUGUCUGGUAAUGAAGGAUAAAUAUUUUUUAAACUUAGCUGGUUCAAAGAGUCAUAAACCAACAUGCCAAAUUCUGCUGGAAACAUACUCUGCUGUGACGGCUAUUCUUUGAUUUUUCAUGUUUUCCAACACAGAUCUAAGAACCACUUACACAGUCUGUGCCUGAUCCCUUACUUUGACCGCAGGAUCACAAAACUCUUGAAAUGUAACUUUGACCCAGUUUAAUAACAAUGGUAAAAAUUGUGUUUAUUUAAUAGCCACUCUCUUAGGCGGUGAGGGAGAAAGAAGCAAUGCAUGAUGGGGGUUCUCCUAAACACAUGUCCAUUGUCUCUUUGCAAAUGGGGAUUUUUCUCAAGUUCAACUGUGUGGUACAAUAUACUUUGAAAAUAUGCAUAAUCUCCUAUAUAUCUGGGCCCGUGAUGGUCCUUCCAUAUCUGAGAACUGAAAAUGGACCAAUUGGAAUGGAGCUUAGCCUCAGCCCAUUUAAUGUGAGUGUGCUGCAGAGGUUCCCUGGGAUAAACCAGACAUUGAAGUUACUGGUAGCUAUGGUUAAUGGACUUUAAUGAAUGAAACAUGACUGUGUACAAUGAUUGCUUUCUGUAGAAAUACUUAUAUUUAUCCUGAAUUGUGCUAUAAUACAAACGCAAGACCACAAAAUGCAAAAACACUACACGUUUCCAUUUAUCCUAGAAUGGGAGUCUAGCUGUAAACACCUGGGGUGGCUUACCCUGUACUUAUUUAAAGAUGCAUCGUUUAAUAUGUAUUGUGCUUAAUGUUCCCUGUUCACAUCCACAUUGCCUCCUAAAUCCUGCCCCCUCCUGGUCACAAUGGGAAGUGUCUCCUGAAUCCUCAUUGAAAAGACUGCAAUCCAAACUCAGGGAACACUCUACACAAGUAAAUAGUGACAAAGCAUUUAUUUACCUGUAAAUAUGAUAAUAUAUGUGGAUUAUGAAAUGUAAAAAUCUAAUUAUUUAUAAUAAUUCUGUCUUUCUUUCCUGCAGGGCAAUGGUAUACUUGAAAGCUUUUGCUAGGAUGUUGCUUUAAAUGCUUUUGCUUUUCUCAGAGAGCUUUCUCAGGUGGAAGGAGGGAAUUGGUUUGGGGAUCGGGGGGUUUGCGGUGGGGGGGUAGGAGACCCUUCAGCAUCAGGCCAUUGAGGAUCAUGUCUGUCACACCAAAAGAUAACAAGAAAUCAGUGGAAACUCCCAAUUAAUCUAGAAAACUGACUGUUUUAGAACUGGAAAUAUUGUGAAUCGUUCUCUCCCGCCUUGUAAGUGGGAGAAAACCAUUAACUGCAUCGUCCAUAUAUCUCCACAAAAUGAAUUUGGGAUAAGGAGAGAUAAGGAUGACAGUAGUGGAGACAUUUUGUUUUCCACAACAUUAAAUCCCCCGUCUGCUGGGUUAGAACAAGUCACAGCAGGCGGAGGUUUAGCAAUAAGCAAGGUGUAGCAGGGAGCUGAGGCCACUUAGUGCCCAAAAUGAACAAUGUCCUGUGAACGCUUUUCUUGCUCCUUUGCACUGUUAUUCGUUCUUAUUAUUUAUUUUAUUUGUAUCAUUCUGUUUCUCUUUCCUCAAAUUCCAUAACCUGUUACUUUCUCGCCAUGUGAUUAUGUGUGAGUUGCCCUCUCUGUUUGCUUUUAAUUUGUCAGGUGCUUGCUUAGUUGGCGGUCUUCCUUCCUGCAUCCUCCAAAGUUCUUGGGGUGCCGGGGGGAGGCUUUAGCUGGGAUUUCUUGUGAGGUGUUUUGUUGGCUUUUUUUUCUCUUGUGUGUUUUAUUAUUUUUAGAAUAUUUCAGUCUUUGUAAUUCUUUCUAAUACAUCCUAGAAUGAAAACCACAUGCUUUCCCUCAGUAUUCCUUGCCACGGACUUAUCAUGGUUUUAUUUUAUUUGUAUGCGCUUUUAUUUUGUUAUAUUUGUGCAACCUCUUAACCUUUAUCGAGUGUCAUUGGGGCAAGCAAACCUAGUGUUUUUAUUUUCCCCGUGGCAGCCCACCCCACUGACAUUCAGAGGGUUAAUGUUUGUUAAUAUUAAUAAGAAAAUGAUCCUUAUUUAUGUAUUACCAUUUUAUAUGAAUUGUGUUGAAAAUUUCAGUGCUUUUUUAUGAAUAAACUGUUGAUCACAGAAGCUAUUCUUGUUCUCUGUAAUUGUGAAUGUCAGAAAACUUAUCAAUGUAAUGAGACAUGGUAGGUAUAGCCAACCUGGGAAUCUGAGAGCCAAGGGAAACUUGUUAUAGCCAAUCUGAGAGCCAAGGGGAAACUUGUUAGAGCCAAUCUGAGCCAAGGGGAAACUUGUUAGAACCAAUCUGAGCCAAGGGGAAACUUGUUAGAACCAAUCUGAGCCAAGGGGAAACUUGUUAAAGCCAAUUUGGGAAUAUGAG